AUGGAGACGACGUCUGGAUUUGACCUAGUGUUUCCCGUGCUUAAUUCCCACGUAAAAAACCACAUCUUUUACAAAGUUCGCUUCCAAGAUAUAGUAAGUUCGCCUGGCAUAGCUGUAUUGAGGAAUCGCAAAGUGUUGGCCGACAAGGCUAGAUGGAAUGUGAUUAAAGAGUUUUCUCAAAUAUGGACAGUCAUAGUACUAGCUCUGCUGUUAAAUGCGAUAUUUGGAAUUCUAAUUUGGGUAUUGGUAAGUAGACGUUGUUUCAUGUAAAUGAAAUUUCAAACUUCUGACCUAUGCCGCUUUAACAAUAAUACCAAGAUCCUGUCGAACUCCAAAUGUAAAACAUGCAAUUGUGUCCACUGUAGGCGCCUUUUUGUCUUACACUAAUGUAAAAGAACAAGGUGAAGUUCAGUUGGGUAAUAGAAUAAACAAUGUAGAUUCAAAUUGAUUCAACUGAAUCUGAAGGAGAAAAAAGCUGAAGCUUUAUAUGAUUUAUAGGUCGACAAGUAAGGCGUUAGAUUGACUUCAUAAUUCGGAUUCUUCGAAAAAAAGGAUAAAAUGAACCAAUGUCGAGAAUGGAUCGGGGAAAUCCUGAAAGAUCAAGUUUUCAAAGAAGUAAUGAUGUCAAGUAGCAUAUCAAUCAGUAACCCAAGUUUAAACAGCAGAGAAAGACUGCGAAAAAUAGGCCAAUCCAACGGCUCCUAGCUCCGCGCAAGAAUGGCUCGCACUUUUUGUCAAAAGCUUCCUAACGCCCAAGUAAACAAACGACCUUAUUUUUUAGGCCCUAAUUUCAGGUGUCAAUGUAUUUAGCAAGAGGAAUUUAUUCAGUGAAAACUGACGAUAAAUAGACGGAAGAAAGCAAAGAAACAUUGUAUAUUACAAACGAGCAUAAAGCAAUCGAUUGCGGGGUCAUAUGGUUUUUAAUAUGAAAUCGGUGUUAUCGAGCUGAAAUCCAUUUAGUUGUCACUUUAACUGGAGAAAAAGUUUGUUUAAUGUGAUAUCAUGAUUAGUAUGGCUCGUAGCUAUCUCAAUUUCAAGUUGCCAAGUGUCAGCUCCCAUUCCAAAUUCUUAAAAUAGAAAUGUUUCAAACUACCCGCAUUAAUUUCCAUGGGGUCUGCCCUUCUAUAUCCUUUAUUUACUGAACGUAACUUCAAAAAUAAUUCAUCUUAUACUACAACCAAAUAGUCAAACUUGGAUAACACUAGACAAGUAUUUUUAGUUUAUUUAUUUUGGAUCUCGUUAUUUUUUAAAAGGCAGUUUGAAAACCCCCAAUUUUACCUUAGAAACUUGUCUUGAAAAAAAAAAAAGAAAAACACACACACACUAACGAUUUCUGAUGACAAAUGCCUUGAAUUUACUUUAAUUCAUUCCAUUUCUAAGACAAGCAGGAGUCUACGUUGAGAUAAAUUAGAGCACAAUCUGUUCUUACAAAAUGUGUUUAAUUAAAAAUCCACAUGAUGUCUUUCACUAUGUAAAUAUAUCAUUGGCGAAUUUGGACAAUUUCAAGGAAAAUUGCCAAUCGCUAACGAAACAUUUUAAAGUGCUACUACGAUCAAAUUUGGGAAUUUGUUUUUGAUUACAUAUUUCGAAAAUGUAUGUAAAAGUGACUUACCGUGCCAAGUUUGGAGUCCAAAUAUGAUCUGGAAGUGUAUUUAUUUGCACGGCAAUUUUCGUAAAUGUCUUGCCGCCAUUACUCGAUUCAAAAAAUGACCGGGAGUAGUAUUUGAAGGAGUUGGGGCGAGAUGUGACGUAGAAACAUCAACGCGGCAAAACAAGGCAAACAAACGUGGCUAAUUUCGCAUGCAGGACGAGAUAUUUUUGGAAGCUUUUGGAGGUUCUUUCUUCGCUUUUUUGACUUAAAGCGAAAGUAUGCCUGGUUGACGUUGUGUUGUUCAGGACUGUGGAAACGUAAAGAACGAUGAAUUGGGGAUUUCUAUUCAUAAUUCUCCUGAUUCGGGCAGCGUUAGAUUAAAGUGGAAAAGGUUCGUGUCCAUUCAUCGGAAGGAUUUCAACCCAGUGGGAAAAUUUGCUGUGUGAUCGGAGCAUUUUACAAGGGAUUGUUUUACGCUUGCUUUUCCGAUGAAAGACAUGAAAAGGAAUUUGAAGAAGGGGACGUUUCCAACCAUUUGGAAAAAAUCCUCUCAAACACUAUCAAAGCGGAGUCGACGAUCGGUGAGUGAAAUUACAAUGUAUUUGCGCUGUGCUUAUCACCAUUAUAUUUAUUCUCCCAUUUACCUGUGACAUGAUUUUUUCUGGCAUCGUUGUUCAAUAUUCGUGUAAUGAAUGCUCUGACUAUUUGGACUUCCCAUAUUGUUGCAUGUGGUUUCAUACUUUUCUGCUUUCUUCUCAUAGUUAUAGUAAAACGGGCAUUUGCGCUGAGUGGACGUGAAGUCAAUUCCCCAAUUCCCAGACCUUUCCACUCAAGCGUAAAAUUUAGAAAAAGUGAAGCUACAUAGAGAUUAUGUGGCUGUUACUUGACAGUACUCCAAACUACCCUCCAAGAAAUCUUACAGCAAAUUAAGAGCGACUUUCUGUAUACCACGGAUAGGUGUGCAAGAUGGAAAAAUCGAAAUCCCCCAAACUUUGUCACAACAAAGCCCUUUGGAAACUAUUUUAGAAAAUACAAGACUCAGUUCGUUUGACUUAAUAUUUUCCAAAAUAAUAAUUUUUUUUAAUUUUCACCUUCGAGAGGCCUUCAAACCAACGAAAAAUGUGCUUGAUACACUCGCUUCGUGAAUGGAAACGGAAACUAAUACCAUGACUUCUCUUAUAUUAAACAAUUUUAUGAUCCUUCCUGUCUACCUAAACGUUGUUACAAUUUCAAAAGAUUUCAAUCUGAUUUUUUAAUAUUUUUUCAAAAUUACCCUCUAAAUCAGCAUUAUCGCCACCAUCAAUUUUGCCAUUUUUCAACGGCGAAAAUCCCAUCCUGGUACAUGGCUUUCAUUAGAAAAAUGGUAUUCCAGAGAAAGAGCAAUACUUCCCCUAUCAAUCUGUGAAAUAAAAUUCUGGGGCAAUUGAAACUGCGAGUUUUUACAACUGAAAACAUUUACGGUACUAGCGUGAUUUACGACCUCUGAACUUGCAGGUGUAUUGAUGAACACAAGGGAGAACUUCGACAGCACUUGAAACUCUGGCGCAAAUUCGCCCCUUUUCCGCCAGUUUAAACACCAAAAACGAUUUUAGAUUUCACAGUGGUAAGUUUUCAAAAGGAAAAGCAAUUUUAUUGUACGAAAGUGUGCUAUGAACUUCUUGACUACAACACUUCCCUUACGUGCGUAUUUGUUUACUUUUGCCGUAUUUGUGACAGUUAUCAUAUAUGUACAAACCGCUUUAAUGUCGGUAGCUAUUCUUUAAAAUGCUCUCAUUUCUCAUGAACCAAACCGUUAUAGCUAUAAAAAAGGAAAACGUUUUGACCUACCUCGCAUUAUUUGACAACGACCCGAAUCCUUUACUGCCUUCAGCGAAACGAGAUUGCGUGACAAAGAACUUUCAGACCCAGGUUAUACCGCGAAGACAGAUACCAUUCCGAAAAAGACGCUCACGCGGCGCCUUCUGUAACUAUAAAAGCAAAACAUGUAAAUAAUCAAAAUCCUCAGUUUCACUGACUUAUCCGCUAGAGCGAUUAUGAAAACGUAAGACUAAAAAAAAUAUUUUCCACAAGAGACUAUGAAGUGGUGGGCCCUUACAGUCCCUUACUUUCCAUAAAUGCCUGCUUACACAUUUUGAAAUACGCAUAUGAAUUCCUUACUUUUAUCCUUAGAAAAAUGACAUUGAGGGUAAAAAAAAGCGCUGAUUCGUAGUCUGAAAUAUCAUUCGUCCCUUCCCCCCCAGCCCCUAAGAGGCGGCAGCCCGUUUCGGGUUGGGGCGAAGAAACGCAGACUGGACAGGUCGGGGCUAGAAAACCUGCAUAAUUUUAGAGCACCUCUUGUGCUAAAAGCAAAGCUUUCUGUACUUCUGGCAACCUCGAGCAAGUUUUGCAUUUCUGAGCAACGUUUGGGAAAAAUAUAGGCUUAUGUCAAGCCAGAAAAAAAAAUGUCAAGUAUGACUGAACCGCGCCCGUAUAAGCGCCCCUAACGACUCUGGCAGGGGGGAGGGGGGAUUUUGAAAUGGAGAAAAGGGGGCCUAGCUCUAAGCAUACCGUCUGCGCUUUAGCUGUGAGUCUGCCUUGGAGAUAAAUUUCGCUUAUAUUUCGGAGCAAAUCUUCAAAGAAGAUUGCAAGCCGUAUUGUUGCGUCCGUCUGAAACGCUGGAGCGGUGAAACCAGUGAUCGCGCCCCUCGCACCUUGAAAAAAAAACCGCUUUUUCUGAGGAGAAAAAAAAGGAAGAAAGGAAACUAAAAAAUCAAAAAAGAAGGAAAGGCCGUUCGCACUAACUGAAAGCUAUUGUUUUUUGCAUUACUAUUGAAAAUCUGAAAAGGAACAGUCUUACACACGUAGCCCUCGGGGCGGUACCAGGUGAAUAUAUCACAUACCCCAUCGUUCCAGGUAUAUAACCUUUACGUGAGCGUAGGAUGUAAGACACACUUGCGGAUACGCGUAAGCAUAACGUGAGAUACCCAGGCGUAAAAGAAAUAACAGUGGCGCUGCUAAUGUUGGCUCCCCUCAAAAAUGAAGCGUAUUAACGUGGGGUUCAAAAGUGAGAUAUUCGGAUAUCUUCGGAUAAUUGAUAGCGAGUUAUUUCCAGUCCACGGACUUUCUCCUAAAUUUUUCGAAAGUAUUUGUUCUCUUAAAAAAUCCAGAAUUUCGAGAUUUGUUGAUGGUUUUAUACAUACGCUAAUUAUGAAAUUCCUUUUGUUUUUUCCUAACGAUAAGUUAAAUCGGUCAAGAAAAAACAGCUUUCAGUAAGUUAAAAUAAGUUUUUUGAAGGCGCGAUCUUUGGCUUCAUCGCUGAGCGUUCCUGACGGGCCCAAAUAUACGGGCUUGCAAUCUCCUUUAAAGAGUUGCUCGAAACUGUGGGCCAAAUUUAUUGCCAAGGGAAACGUACAACUGAAAAGCAGGCGGUAUGCUUAGAGCUAGGCCCCCUUUGCUCAAUUUCAGAGUUUCCCCUCCCCACCCAGCCUCCCCCUCCCGCUGGAGUCAUUAGGGGCGCUUAUAUGGGCGCGGUUCAGUCGUACUUGACAUUUUCUAUCAAAAUGGUCACUUUUUCUGGCUUUACAUGUGCCAUAACCUACAUUUUGGCAAAAGGUUGCUCAGAAAUGCAAAACUUGUUCGAGUUUGCCAGAACUACAGAAAAUUUAAACACAAGAGGUGCUCUAAAGUUAUACAGGUUUUCUAGCCCCGCCAUGUCUAGUCUGAAAUGUUAUGCGUGUCUUCGCCCCACCCCGAAACCUGCUGCGGCCCCUUAGGGGGUGGAGGGAGGGACGGAUGACAUUUCAGACUACGACUUAACGCUUUUCCCCCCUCAAUGUCAUUUUUCUAAGAAUACAAGUAACGAAUUCAUAAUCAUAUUUCAAAACAAGCGUGAUGAAAACAAGAGACUACAGUGGAACCUCGAUUUAACGAAGGGCCAAGGGACUAACAAAAUUUCUGAGCCACCCAACGACGGUUUCCUUCUAAAUUCAUUGAAAACACUUUUCAGUGGUGUACCCAGAGUACUUUUAGAUCUCUAGAAAUGCAUUCUAAGCGGCUUGUAAAAUUUGUUCCUCUUCGGUCAUCCUAGGGGAACUUGCAUUGAGUAUUUUCGAAAUUACAAGGGCUUCAGUAUUAUUUUCCCCAACAUUUUAGAUGAAAUUUAACGUAUCACGAAAGUGAGAAUUUUUCUGAUUCCUCUCUCAAUCACAUGUUUGAAUCCGAACAUUUUAGGUUUCCUCUUUUCUACGAAAAAUUAGCCUAACCUGGGAUGUAAAAUGGGAAAAAUUAAACUUCAGAAAAUCGUAGGGAAUUUAUAAGAUAACCUUUGAAAAUUGAACGGAAUGGUCAUCUAGAAAUUUUUAGGCGUCCUCAAGCUAUAGAAAAUUCUAGGCAAAUCUACUUCUCCAAACAUAUAUUUUAUAGAAAACAGUCGUUGAGUGCCCCUGAAAUUUGCUCGCUAUAACGAGGUUUCGUUAUAUCGAGGUUUUUUUUCAUACCGAAAAUCCUCUAUUAAGCCCCCCCCCCGGGGAGGGGGGGGCUUAUUUAUUUCAAAGCCAUUUGAGGGGGAGGAGCUUAAUAGAGACGGGGCGCUUAAUAUAUUUAAUUUAGAAACCACGAUGGUAUCGGUUCUCCAUAAAGAACUAGAAUACAAAGUGGUGAAAGCUCACGUACAAGAAGUUUUAGGUCAUGCAGCCGAGGAUCAUAAUCAAAUCCGAACUUCCAGUCGGUAAAUAAUUAACCAUACCGGAUCUGUCCACACGAAGUUUUACGGUCGUGAUUGAUCGAUCCAGUCUUUCAUUUAUUAGUGAAGAAUAAUUAGGGGUGGGAAGCGGGUGCUUGAUAGAGGGGGAGUGGGGGAGGGGGCUUAUUAACUUUCUUCUCCUGAAAAGGGGGGGCUUAUUAGAGGGAGGGGGCUUAUUUGACAAGGGGCUUUGAUAUAGGUUUUACGGUAUAUUUUACUAUUAUUGCUGAGGUAAAGAAAAUCUUUCGUAAGUUCUUUUGUCGCGGUUCCACUGUAUAAGGGCCUACCCCUAUAUAGUCUCUUGACGAAAAAAUAUUUCUUUAAUGUUACGUUUUUAAUGUUAAGUCAACGAAACUAAGGAUUUUGAUUAUUUACAUGUUUCGCUUUUAUAGCUACAAAAGGUGCCGCGUGAAGUUCUUUUUCGGAAUGGCAUCUGUCCCCGCGGUAUAACCUGGGUCUCAAAGUUCUUUGUCACGCAAUCUCGUCUCGCUAAAGGCAGUAAAGGAAGGAUUCGGGUCUGUUGUCAAAUAAUGUGAGGUAGGUUAAAAUGUUUUCCUUUUUUAUAGCUAUAACGAUUUGGUUCAUGAGAAAUGAGAGCAUUUGAAAGAAUAGCUACCGACACUAUUAGCCGUUUUGUACAUAUAUGUACCGAACGGCAAAAGUAAACAAAUACGCACGUAAGGGAAAUGUUGUAGUCAAGAAUUUCAUAGCACACUUUCGUACAAUAAAAUUGCUUUUCCUUUUGAAAACUUACCACUGUGAAAUCUAAAAUCGUUUUUGGUGUUUAAACUGGCGGAAAAGGGGCGAAUUUGCGCCAGAGUUUCAAGUGCUGUCGAAGUUCUCGCUUGUAUUCAUCAACACAACUGCAAGUUCAGAGGUCGUAAAUCACGCGAGUACCGUAAAUGUUUUCAGUCGUAAAAACUCGCAGUUUCAAUUGCCCCAGAAUUUUAUUUCACAGAUUGAUAGGGGAAGCAUUGCUCUUUCUCUGGAAUACCAUUUUUCUAAUGAAAGCCAUGUACCAAGAAGGGAUUUUCGCUGUUGAAAAAUGGCAAAAUUGAUGGUGGCGAUAAUGCUGAUUUAGAGGGUAAUUUUGAAAAAAUAUUAAAAAAUCAGAUUGAAAUCUUUUGAAUUUGUAACAACGUUUGUGUAGAAAGGAAGGAUCAUAAAAUUGUUAAAUAUAAGAAAAGUUAUGGUAGUAGUGUCCGUUUCCAUUCACGAAGCGAGGGUAUCAAGCACAUUUUUCGUUGGUUUGAAGGCCUCUCGAAGGUGAAAAUUAAAAAAAAUUAUUAUUUUGGAAAAUAUUAAGUCAAACGAACUGAGUCUUGUAUUUUCAAAAAUAGUUUCCAAAGGGCUUUGCUGUGAUAAAGUUUGGGGGAUUUCGAUUUUUCCAUCUUGCACACCUAUCCGUGGUAUUUACAGAAAGUCGCUCUUAAGAGUUACACGGGUUUCUUUUAAAAGGACCAAAAAUGGACUUAGUCUGAUUUCUACAAUCUAUAAGUUCAGUUACUGUUUGCGGUUUUUUUUUUCGUUUGUAUUUUAAUUCUAUUUUCACUGUCUGCAAAUGUUGCAUACAUUUUAAGGCAAAGAUGUGGUUAAACCUUGCUUCCAUUUCUAGUUUUGAAAACAUCGACAUAAAGCUCAAAUUUAAACUUGUUUUGAAGGGGAGAUAUAAAAAAUGGUCUUACCUAUUUUCAUUUUUAGCUACUAAAUGAAAUUCUGGCUGGUCAAACUACUAAUGAGGAUACAGAGGAAGAAGACAAUCCUGAAGAAGAGGUGAUCUCUUUGAAAGGAAGUUCUGCACCUGAGGAGAGUGCUAACACUAUGGGGGCUCCCAGUCUCAACCCUGAGGAGUCUCCAGAAGUCGAGGGUGUUCUGAAUACAAGUCAGGGUUCUUUGCUUGAGGCAAAUCCUGAAAAUGAGGGCUGCAUCCCUGAGACUGAGACGGGUGAGAUAAGUGUUGAGGCUGAGAUGGCUUCAGAGGUCCUAGGUACUCCUGGUGAUGAGACAGCUCUCGAGAGCCAAGGGAUUUCAGGCACUGAUGAGGUUACUGACACCAUGCAGAUCCUGGAGGCUCAGGGAAUCGAAAAAGUGCAGGAUAUGGAUGAAGUUAUGCAGAUUGAUGAAUCAUUAACGAUUCCUGAACUUGAACAAGUUUCUGUGGUAGGCGCAUAACUCUAAUUAAUGUUUAUUUGCAUCUUUGUAUUAUCAUAACAAUGGAAAACUACAUGUGCAGUUAUUUUACAACAAUACUAAAACACAAAAAUUCUAAAGUCUUGUUAUUACAGCCCGUAUUAAUGUUGAAAGUUUGUUUUUUGUAGGAUACUCCAACUGGACAUGCUGGGAAUUGCGCAACAUGCAAAACCCUGAGGAGUGAGGUGACUCAGUUAAGGGGCAAAGUCACAAGACUGAAGAGUAAGUUAAUCUCCAAUCAAGAUCAGUGGGUUGAAACCUUUAAGACUAUACAAGAGCCGAAGCAGUUGCUGAUGGUGAAUGCUGGUGAGUCAACAAUAAUUGAUGUUGAUGAGUCAUACAGGCAUCUGCCUAUCUGUAUAUUUUUAUUAUAUUUUGGCCCAGUGCAGCCACUUCUAAUACGUGGCGGUUUAAGCAGACGCUUUCAAACCCUGGAUGGAGGGUUAUGCAUACGGUCCGGUCUCCAAUGGCUUCUUCCAUGACCUCUUCGCAGCGAUCGAUCUCUUUGCAGCAAAUGCACUCCUGCGCUUUUGUAACAAGGCUGACAGAGCAGUUCGAGCACGAACACCUGCAAAAUAAUGUGAAAAAUUCGUCAAACACAAGAAAAAUACGUCUGUAUAAAAUUAUUAAUUGUCUGACCUCUUCAAUAAAACUAUCGCAUAAAAUCAGGACUACAGCUAAUCACAUAGCAACGAAAUUGUAAACUUAAACAAAAAACAUAGUCGCGUUCGUCACGCGCACGAUUUAACGACGGGUAUGUUGAAAUUGGAAAAUAUAAAUAUAAAUCUACAUUCCAUGAUAAUACCAUACCAUUCAUUCGCUGGCACCUCUCCCGAAUAUCUUCGUUGAGACUGUUGUUCUUCUUAUUCUUCGCGAUGAACUCUUUCGUUGUAGUCCGCGGCUUCUUCCUCGGUAGCAAGGGGUUCGCAACUGUCGUCGUUCGGCGCAAAUUCAGACAAUUCCCGGAAAAAUUUCCGUAUAACCCCAUACAUUAAUUAUGCAUUCUAUGUCAUUAAUUAUGCAUCCACCUUAUUGUCUUCUAAGACAAUGGUGAAUUCCCCAGAGUAUUGCAUUAUAUACAUCGGUAAUGAAUACUUACUGCGUUAAUAAAAGAGGAUUUCAAUUUCUGUCUUUUUUUUAUCUUUUUCUACUCGUCUCUUUCUCUUUUUCCCCCUCUCAUGCACCUACCACUCUCUCCAGUGCCCCCCGGUUUCCUUUUCCUUUUUUUUCUCGGUAGUCGGCGAGACUUGAACCAACGCUUCCCUGUAGCUCUGGCGUACCUGUCUCUCUGCCAUACCACUAGCUAGACCACGACGAUUUGUUGAGAUUCCCUGGUCAAAAAACUGAUAUCUUUUUGCGUUCUUAAGUUCAAAUAUACAUAACAAAAGAACUGAAAUGUGUAUUCAUGUAAAUUAUUCACGCUUUUGCUUGUAACAUAUCCACGAAAACAUGCAUCUCUUCAGGUAAUAACAAGCACGCACAGGCUUCACAAGCACUCCUCUCUUGUAUUACACUUGUCAGGGACUUGGUCAACUUUCAUGUUUAGUAUGGCUCAACUAAAUUUUUAAAAAGCUCUCCAGAAUACUUGUGGAUCAUGACCGCGACCGGUACAUAGAUUGGUGUAAGGAAAACAUAAGCUGCCCUUUCAACUUCUGUUAAAUGUGCAAGAGCUUUGGGAGCGGACUUAAAUGAAAGCUGAUUCACUCAGUUUCCUAACCCUCAUAACUAAACUUCAGGGUCAUUCGGCGUUUUUCAAAAAUACCCCGGCCGUUGUCCAAGAAGAGCAGGAAUAACGAAACUCAUUUUGGUCAUCAUUCGUGCUCAAAUUUUGGAGGUGUACAGACAUGAUGAGCGACGAUUAUGGGUCUUAUGAAUAUCUACAAGAGGAGGGCUAGGAACAGCCCAAGCUUCGUAAAAUACACCCAGCUGACACAGGUGCCGAUCGACACGCAGUGCAUCGAAAAUAGAUGGAGGGGUAAAGCAUGGUUUGCCCUGUACAGGAACAUUCAAAGCAACUACUGACAGGAGUUUUAACUAUGUGGCGUAGGCAUUACGGUGAAGUUCUCUUUGAAAACAUAGUAAAGCAUAUCGUCGAACUUUAUAAUGACAUUGGGAACGACGCAUAAAGGGCUAAAUAAAACAGACAGAUCAGACGUAGGAGGAGGCGGUGGAAACUCGAAAAUAUAGUUCACGUAUGGGGUUAAACGGAAAUCUUGCCCAAUUCCCCAAUCACUUCGUCAACUGUAAAACUUUCUAGAUCACUUUCAGAUGUGCAGGAAGAGGAACCCGACGGAGAUGACAUCUUCAACGUCUUGUUAAAAGGCUCUAAACUUACAAACUUUUCCCAAAUGCGAAUCUUUUGGUUGAUGUUUCUACGUCACAAUGCAUAAAUCACGUGGUCAAACUCACGACCGCUUUGCGGAGAUCUCGCGGGCUAUUGUUUUGCGAACUUUGUAAUGGCGGACGGUAUUUGCGCACUUUUCAGUGGGAAAUUUCCAGCCCCCGUACGCAAGUAUCGUUCCAAUUUUUCGCUAUUUGUAUAAUUUUGAACAUAUACAAAAGAUUUAUGUUAAAAAAACUCGGAAACAAAAACAAAAAUUUUCGUCGUAGUAGCACUAAAAGGAAAGAAAAGUGUAGAAGCAUCAUUGGAAAUUCAUGAGCAUAAGUACUGCAGUUGCGCGCGUUACCUGACCUUCUCUAAAUUACCAUCAAAGUCCAAAGUCUAUGAUCAAAGUAGCCGAGUAGUUUCUUGAAAGCACGCAGGAUGACCUUUGUUAUUAUUAGAAGCUCUAAAUACCCACAUCUUUUGACAUAUCAUUUGCAUUUAAAUGCCAUAGAAUUAAACGAAACGCACCUUUGUAGAGACAACGAAACAACAAAAACAAAGAAAGAAAGCGGAUGUUUCGACCAUGGUUAGGAAAUGUGUUCCUAUUUUGUUGCCAUCUACCAUACACCAUGUUUGUAAUAAACUGGAAAAAAAAAGAAGAAACAUGUUAUUAAUUAUUGAAAUAUUCGAUGUCCUGUUUAAUUUCGACUCUAUUCUUGCGCAAAGAAAGAGACUCGAACUUAAGUUGGUAGUCAUCCUUCAGUUCCGAUCACAGUGAACUGAAAUGAAGCUCUUGACGAAAAUAAAUACUAGCUAAAGAAGCUGACGUAACGUUACCAUUGCCAUGAGCUACAAAAGUCCCAAACGUCUUUCAAGUUUUUUCAAGUUGAGGUUACAAGGGCACCCAACGGCAAUUUUCGGGAAAAUAUCUGUUCGGAAGACGAUUUGAGAUCUAGAAUUUUCGGAGCAUUUCUUGCAAAAUUUCUUGCUUGCCUGCCUCUCCUGGGAUUUUCGAACAUCUACAAAAUGGUAUAAUUACUCAUUUUAACGGAUUUUGACCCUAAAAAAGGCCACCUAGAAUUUUCGGGAGCCUUUUCAUGGCUGAAAUUUUCGAGAAGGUAAGUUUUUAUCCCUAUAAUUUUCGGAUCACUAGAUUUUCAGCUAGGAAAUCCGAACAGAUGACAAGUUUUUAGGGGAUAAAAAUAUGCGUAUAUCUACCGUUUGAAUACUAAAAUACGUUCAACAAUGCUAUGUUGCCCCUGAGGUUACGUAGAUCAAAGAAUUCUGAAUUGAUCUGGGGCUUGCACUUAAAAUGAUAAACUUUCUAACGGCCACUUUCCAUGAAAAUGAGUUAUCACUGGCUUAAACGUCAUUUUACUUCCUUUUCUAGACCCCAAUUGUAAAUUGGUUGGAAUGAGCAAAUAAAGUCGUUUUCCUAAUGUGUUGCUUGUCUCGCCUCGACAAUGUAAAAUUAGCGGAAAUAAAUUGUGACCCUUUUCAAACCUUGCAUUAAGGAUAAAGGGAAUUAUUAAGUAACAUGAAUCGUGUUUAGGUAUCAUACUGCGGGCAUUAGUUAAUGUAAAGUAGCCUGCUAGCAAGCUCUCCUGUUUGGGCGAGUAAAACGGGUCUCGCGAGAACGCGCGAGCGAGCGGCGAAGCCGCGAGGGGCAGAGGAAAGGAGAGCUUGCAACCAUCCCUUACAAAUUUUCAUUUGUACUUCGCCCAGACGAAGGGAAAUACCAUUGGCUGAAAAAUGACGUUCCGGAAAUCAAAGUUGAUUGAUAACAGGCCUAGCUGGCACCCGCUUCGUCUGUGUGUCAAAUUUGGUUCUCAGGGGGAUCAGAUUGGUACGGAGAACUUGUUUCAGCCCUCAAUGCAGACGGGCUCGUUAAUUCUCGCAAAGAGAAUAUUGCAUGUCGAGGAUAAGUCGGACCGAGUUUGUAGUUCUUGUGGAAGGAAAAUCAAAAACCCUUCAUCAGUUGUAUUCAUUUGUGUUAAGCGCCUUGUUUAGUUCUGAAAACCGGCAGAGUGAAAGUGAAGAGUGAUUAAAGCGCUGUCUUCCAACAUCGGUUUCUUCGCCCGAUUGAAUUCUGCUGGGUAGAAAAAUUCAGAAACAUGUACUUGACAGUGUAGCUGUGUAGCUUGACCGUAAAGAAGGAAAAGAGAAAGAGUUGGAAGCAACUGGAGUAAACCUUAAGAGAACCAAGUGCAGGAAAACGCUAUUCUCCAGUUCCAGACGGACAAAUAAUUUUUUGUUGGUGAUUGCGAUGGGGAGUAGUCUUCUACACUGCAGUAUGGACGACUUUUCAAAGGUAAACGAAGUAAAGAAUCAAAGUAGUGAGUUCUUAUCUGAGCGGACACGUUGAAGUUCGAUGUCCCCGUGAAAAAAAAAAAACAUAUCAGUGAUUAAAAACAUUGCCUUGAUGCUGUUGCGAAAGCGAUUUAUAAAUAAAUAAUUCUACGCUACCAGGAGCCUAUCAAAUGAUAGAUCAAAUGAUGGGCUCCUGACGCUACUUGACAGGCGGUUGUCACUUUUGUAAUCUGCGGCACGUUUGCGGUGACAGUUUUCACGCUUUGCGGAGUCCCGGGGUUUCCGGGGUGGAAAUGAAAAUUUGUAAGGGAUGGUUGCAAGCUCUCCUUUCUUCGGCCCCUCACUCGCGCGUUCUCGCGAGGCUCGCUUCGCUUGCCCAAAUAGGAGAGCUUGCUCGCAGGCUAAAUGUAAACCUACUUUACAGGCAGUGUACAUAUCAUAUUUCUUCAUCUAAUGAUAAGCCUUUCAAGCUCCUCCGCCUGUCAAAACAUCGUAUAUUUUAUGCAAAAGAGAAAAGUUUACGAACAUCGCCCUAUCUCUGUUAAAUUUUUCCUUAUACAUAUUUCAAUGAGCUGCAAAAAAGUUGAGUUGAGUACACGUUUAGUACACAUGCAUACAAGAACUCUUACGUGGGCUUUGUAAUUUCUUACAGUUAAGUAACAUGCAGUGAUGCUACGAUCGUCAUUCUUGCAGUUUUCAACAAUUAUAUCAUGAUUGCCAUGUACAGGGGUCUGCUUGCGGUUUUAGAAAUGAUGUGGACAUAUCUUGUAUAACUCAAGAGAGAACAUGAUAAGGAGAGGGGUUCUUAAGCUCCUCAGAAAAGCAUUUCUUGAGUGUUACCAUAGAUAGAUACAACCGAGAAAAAAGGGAACACAAAUAUCACUUGAAGGCCCAAUCGCCUUCUCACAGGCGAAACCUUUAAAAAUAUCAAAUAAAAUUCUAUCCUCAUGGAUGAUGAAAGUUAGAUCAAUUUGCCAUUCCAAAUUUUAUAACAGGUGAUAGCUUUAAAUAUUCAUCUUCGCUAGCAGUAAGGGAAAAUUGAUAGAUAUAUACAAUACAAUACAAUACAAUACUUUAAUUUAUUCAAGAGAUAGAAAACAAAACAAAAAAUCUCUCCAUAGGGGAUAUCUAUAUAAAAGACUCCCCAAAGUAAAAGAGAAAAAAUUUAAAAUCUAACAUCCAAAACAUUAUAUAUACGGCGAAAAAAAAGCUAAAAACUAAAAACUAGAAUCAAAAAUAAUAUUUGCAUAUCGUAAUUGAAACGGUCUAACACGGAGGUUUUUUUUUCUAGUCCGCUGUUAAAUGUAACCGCUUUCUUCCCUCAGAUUGGAGUAUCAUAAUGCUGCUUGAACACUGGAAGAACUAAGAAAAAAACUUUGAAAAAUGUUACUUCGCACUUAUCUCUGCGAUUCUAAACAAUUUUUAAGUCAAAAAAAUGAGAAAAUACAAAAAUCAAACAAACGAACGUAAUCUAGAGAGGGUUUGACAGACAUGUCCAAGAAUUGAUAAGCGUGACCCAACAAAUUGGAGACACUUUCAGAAUGGAAUUGGAAUUUCGAAUGUCGGUUUUGCGCACGCGCGGACGUCAUGUACAGGAAAAAAAGAAGAAGAAGAAGAAGAAGAAAACGAAGAAGCAGCAAGCAAGAUUUUCACCGCCAGACUGCAACGCCGCUCGCCUGUGAGACAAAGACAGUGUUGCGACUCUUUCUCCCUCGACCGCUUUGCUCCCUAAAAUUCGCUCCACUCGCUUCACGGCUUUUUUUGUGAAACUUGUGAGGUCGACUUGUGGCAGGUCUAUUAAUAUUUACUCACAUUCUAGACCUCAGAAGUUCCAAAUGCAUGAAUAAAAAUAAAAUCCAAAAACGAGGAUAAAGUCUGAGGAUAAAAGCAGCAUACGUACCUUUUGCUGGCCUUUCGUCAAUAAAAAACACCACGGGAAUGGACGGGGGGUCGACAAUCGGCUUUAGAUGACAGGUGGAUUCAUUUGCAACAUACGCGUAUAGCUGUCGCAUUUGCCCGCUGGAAUUUUUAUUGUUUUUAUGCCUAUAAACAAUAAAAAACUCCAGCGGGCAAAUGCGACAGCUAUACUAGUAUGUUGCAGAUGAAUCCACCCAACGAUUGGUUGAAGACAGGAUAAGCACGGGACUCACAAACACGCACACGUGGAUUCUCUGUCCUGUAUCACGUGUUCGCUCGAAAACAAUGCAUUCUAUGUUCUGCAUUACGUCAUAAAAGUUAACUUACACUACCUGUAACCACUACCCUGUUACAUUGCGUCGAAAUUCAUUCUGCCCUGGAACUUUCCCGCACGGCUUUAUUACAGUAGGUUGCCGCCUCGCAGCCUCGCGUCUUCGCGAGGCUACUCGUUGGCAAUCAUGCCAUUUUUGAACCCAUUCUUUUGAAUUCGCGACAUCCUGUCAACAAAUCAAAGUUUUGUGCAUGGGCAGUAAUGGGCAGUAACUGGAUUGUGUUUCUUCAGCGGCUUGUCUUUAGUAAAACCCUCACAACGAACACUCGUUGUCAAGGGAGGAUAAAGCUUUAUCCUCUCUUGUCGUUGUAAAUAAGCAUAAAUUUGUUCAUGACACAUGAAACAUGAUUACGUAAACUGAAGUAUUUUAUUUCAGGACGGCAGAAUUUUAGAAUUUCGAAGCAUUUUGCGUGGUUACCUGGAAGGAAUUUGGUGGGGCUUUCUUGCCAUGAUAACGGCCGGGUAAGUGCUUGAAAGCUCCAGACCAAACAGACGAAAAGAUAGAUCAUCUAAUGUUAAGAAUGUAUAAAAACCCAUGUACGAUUUCAGUAUUGUAAAAGUUAUGGUCGUUUGGAUCAACGCAUAUGCGACUCUAAUGCGAUAUUUUCAGCUCUAGCGUAACGGAUCUAUCUCAAGCAGAUUUUGUCAAAAGUACGGCCUACCUAAUUCAUUACUGGCACUGACUCACAAAUCGAGCCAUAUUCUAAUCCCUGAGAUACCGGAUUCCAUGAAAUUCCAUUAAAUGUGCUUUAGCAACUGCUGGUAUGCGGCCAUCAGUAUUUGAAUGCAAUGCUAACAAUCCGAAGCUCAAAACAGGUCGGUAAAACAACUGUCCAGACGUGGAAGUUUGCCCAAGAAUCAGAAUAUCAACCAAGCAGGUUUCAUUUUGGGUCAGAAAAUUGAGAUUUAAGAGCUAUAACCUCAGAAAACCUUCCAUUCAACCGCGUCUUCAAGGUCAAACACAGGUUGAAGCGGAGAUGUGAAAAUGUGGAAAUAGGGAACACUGGAAGUGCGGAAAUCCGGAUUAUCCGGAAGAAGGGCAAAUCUGAAAUCGAUAAGAAACCGAAGCAAAGUAAGAAAAAAAAAACAGAGAUCGCUGCAUCCGUGUUUUAGGGCUUCUUCUUGGCGUCUGAAUGAAAGCCGAUCUAUAAAGUCGCUCCCAAGCCAAAAUUCCCGGCCUGUCUAGGCGGAAAGAACGGCUGAGCAGUUCUAAAUUGGAACAGGCGUUCCUUAUUGAUUCAGACGCCGAACUUUCACGUAAUUAAUUCAAUUUAUUAGGUUCGGCUCAAGAAAAGUACGGCGUCUGAACCGGGCCUAGAAACUGCUGGUUCGCGGCUUUAUUUGAAUACCAUGCUAAAAAUCCGAAGCUCCAAGGAGAUAAAAACUGUGUCACAUUUCGAGAUAAAUAGCUCGGUAAAACAACCGUCCAGAGGUGAGAGUUCAUCCGAGAACCAUAAAAUCAACUAAGCAGGUUUCAUUUUGGCUUGGAAAAUUAAAUUUCUGGACGAACAUUGCAGCUAAUCCUAAAACAAAGUGUCUGAGCGCUAUUCUUGGCCAUGUGGAAUCGGCAAACUACUCCAUUAUCAGAAGCAGACUUUCUCUCCUUCGUCGUAUUAAACCAUAUUUUAAUUUUGAUUCUUCUUUACUUUUUUAUAACUCUUGUGUUAACAACUACGUUAUAUACUUUACUUAUUGCUCUGCUGCCUGGGGUAACUGUUCCACCAUCUUCUGUUAUGUCCCAGUUCGUGUGCUCCUUCACUGACCCGACUUCUCUCAGGCGUGUGAGAAAAUUAUUGCGUCAUUGUGGCGGGAAAACUGGUCAAGUGAGAACUGAAUUUUGCACAAGAGUCUAGGAACUGUGUAGUAGUUCGCAGUCGUGGAGCUGAUCGAGUGUGUAGAUUGAGUAUAGAUCAUCGAAAUUUUACGCGAAUUGAUGGCGAUUGAUUAUUUACGUGUAGAACAGAGUACGGAAUUCUAAAAUAUGGCGGAACAUGUCAAGAAAUAUACUUUCAAGGGAGUGAAGAAUUAAAUGCUAAAUGGAACUGGUUGUAUCACACAUAAUUUGUUACAAGGCGUCAAUUUCCUUAUUGUCAAAACCACAGCGGAUCUCCGUUUUGGAUCUUCUUAAAUACAGGGAAGUUUUGCUCCCAAAUGCCUCAAAAAUAGAUUUCAAGUCCUCUCCGUUUCACGUGGACCUUUAGGCCAUCUUACAAGAGCCUUUCUUUAUGACCGUCUAAAGCUACCAUACCCACAUAGCAAUUCUGAGAAACGCACAUUGGCCUACAGCGCUUCUACACUUUCAAUGAUCUGCCUUAAAGGUUACUUUUAAUUAGGUCUUCUUCUCUGCGGUCAUCCAAAUCUCUUAAUUUUAUCCUUUCCUUCAUUAAGUGUAAAUUACCACUUCUCGAUAUUUGAACUUUUUCCGUACGAUUUACAUAUUCACGCUACGCGCUUCAGAGAAUAUCCAUUGUCCUUAUUUAUUUUUUUUAUUAUAAUUAGAGGAUAUUACAUGGCCCCGUGGAGAUACGAAAUUUCUCUUCGAGUCAUGAAAAAUAUUUCACAAGUGAGCACAGCGAAAGAGUGUAAUAUAUUUUUUCAAAACGAGAAGAGAAAUUUCAUAUCUCCAAGCGGCCAUGUAAUGUUCUAUUUAUCAUAGAAACACCAAUGAAAUACCAAACGAUUUCACUUUUUUAAAAUAGUUUUUGCUGUGAAAGGCAUAAUUAAUAAGGACUUGCCCCUAGUGCCACCAUUGGGUGUAAAUAUUGGUCUUAAGGUUUUGGAACAAAUAGCUGUUUUAUGUACGCGGAUAACGUAAAAUUCUUCGUUGUUCAACCGUUUACUGAUCCUUUGAGGGCCUUUUCCUCUAAAAAAUAAAGUGCUACCUUGAAAAACAUUACAGGGUAGCAUUAGCAAGUCCAUAUAGGCAACGUUUGCUGCUAUAUUUAUUCUUUUACUCGAUCCCUGGGCUGGUUUUCACUAGCGACGGAGUCGGAGUCGUAACCGGAGUCGUAAGAACGCUUAUGGCCUAGUGAAAUCAAAAAUCGGAGGCGUAAGCAGAGUCAUAAGCACGAUGGAAUGAGAAGAAUCAGAACGUACAUUUGUACUGUCGCAAUUUGUAAUAAUCAUCGCACUUUGUAAUACCUGUCGCAAUUUGUAAUAAACCGUGUCGCACUUUGCAAUAAAAAAGCUGUCGCAAUUUGUAAUAACUGUCCAUCGCACUUUGUAAUAAACUAAGUUGUCGCAAUUUGUACGUAAUAAUUCCAUCGCACUUUGUUAUAAACUUAAAUUAUUUUCUUUGGCCAAACAUGCAUGUCCUCCGUUAUAAAUUCUUCUGCCUUGAUUAAUCAUGUGACCAACGAGAAUCGCUUUUUUAUGAAAGACAUGAAACUUCCUGUGACAUGUCAACAAAAAAAGAUAUGAAUCAUUUUAUGAAUUUGAAUUCAAAAUAUUUAAAUAACAAAAGCAACAUUUAACAACAAAAAAUUCAUGAAUAACCUGGCAUUGUCUUCCAAAUCCAUCUUCAGUUUGCUUGCCACGUGACACGUGAAGUCUUGGGGCGGGGGGGGGGGGAUAAUCCCAUAUAUGGGCGAGAUAGGUAAGUACCGCUUAGGAUCUCGAACCUUAAAUAGGGUAUCAUUUUUUACUUCGUUGGCUUUGUGUCUUUGGUUUGAUCCUUAGAUAGGGUAACUUAAGUAGUAAUGGAUGAUUUGGUUUAUUAUCCUUUCCAUUUUGUAGAAAAAAGUAAUCCUAAGCACGCUCGGAAGAAUUGCAAGGUCUUACGUGUUGUACCAGGGGAAAGAUAAUUUUUUACUAUCCCCACAGUAUUUGCCUUAAAGGGCUCCAUAGAAAAAAAUUGUUUUAAGAUGGAAUGAUACUCCUUUAGUUCCUAUAUGGGACCAAAUCAAGAGAGAAUAAUGGACCAAAUGGUCAGCCGGCUCAGUGUAUGACCCCAAGUGAGUUUUAUAAAAAAAGGAACAGUACAUAGGUCUCGGACAGCGACUAAUUGUAUUUUGUGUUUACGUUUCUGUUGUGGUUCGACAGUGUUGCAGACCUCGCCUGAUUAAGUUGGCCAAAAUAUGGAAGCCACUAUUACUUCUUUUAAGAUUGCGCGUUAGACAAGGACGGUGUUGUGUCGACCUGUUAUAAGAUCUAAAAAGGAAAGCUUGAACUUUCCUGGUGUUCUUAUUUGAAUGAUGUAAGGAUGGAUGUUACGAUUUUUUAAAACCUUUUAAAUGUCUAGUUUUAAUAGUGGCUCGUUUGCACAUCCCCGUAUUGUAUAGGGUCCCCGGGUGUCUAGAUUUUGUACUCGGACAAUGCUCUGUCCGGAGGCACAUCCCCGUAUUCGCCAUAUAAGAGGGUACGUUCCCCCGGGUGUCAGGUUUAAGAAUACAGAAUUUCGUAAGUCAGAUAACUAAUCAACAUUGAUAAAAAAAUAUGUUUAGCCCCCCUAGGACCCCCAGGACCGUGAAUAAAGUUAAAUGGUUUAAAUAAUCUGAGAUAUAGAUUAUAUACGUAAUUUUGUAAGUUACGUGCUUGCAGACGUCAUCAUCUUUGUUUAUGAAAUACCAUUCAUAUUAUCUUAAUGUUGACGAAGUAAGUUGAAUUACUCUCAAAAAUUAUUACAAAGUGCGAUGGAAUUAUUAAAAAUUACGACAGCUUAGUUUAUUACAAAGUGCGAUGGACAGUUAUUACAAAUUGCGACAGCUUUUUUAUUACAAAGUGCGACACGGUUUAUUACAAAUUGCGACAGGUAUUACAAAGUGCGACGAAUUUAUUACAAAUUGCGACAGGUAUUACAAAGUGCGAUGAUUAUUACAAAUUGCGACAGUACAACGUUUCUAUUUUUUCCGACUCCGCUUACGAGUCUGUCACUUAGGUCCCGCUUAUGAUCUAAUGAAAACCAGAUUGUUGGAGUCGGAAGCAGAAGCGGAAGGAUAAGCCAAUCACAAUGCAUAUUCCCACGCUUUGUGAUUGGUUUGGUUCUUCUGCUUCUCCUUGCUACUCUAGUUUUCACUAUAUAAGUGGAACGUAAGCGACGGAGUCGUAAGCGCAGUCGGAACGCUGUUUUCACCAGAUCAUAAGCUCUACGCUUCUGAUUACUACUGCGACUACGACUCCGACUCCGUCGCUAGUGAAAACCAGCCUUAAGGCGGUUACCCACUGCGCACUGCCCCAAAACGGAAAAUUAAAGCCAUGUCAAAACCUUGCUACUCCAAAAUGACCCGUGACUAAAAAGAAUACCUGGUUCACUAGCCUUGACGAUUUCCCCUGAUUUAAUAAAAGAUUUUCCCCUCUCCAGCAAUUUGUGAAGUUUGGGAAAAGGACAACCUCCGAUCGUAAAAAUAGUCAAAGGGAUCGAAUAAGAUGGGAAGAGAAUAAGAAAAAAUGAAGCGCAAUUCACAAGGAGGAAGGUCAGUAAAAUUUGAAGAAGGCCUUCCUCCAUAUGCUCAAGCCCUCUUCUCUCCUCUCUAGGUAAUGAUCGGUUUUCUCACCGGCCUCCAAACUAAAAAGCCCAGACAAACAAGCUGGCUUGGUCUCCUAGAUCUCGCCACACUCAGUUUCGUAUAUAGCCAUCUUAUGUGGAGUGUAGCUAAAUGUCGUGGGUCGUGGGUCGUGGGUCUUGGGUGUGGGUCGUGGGUGUGGGUGUGGGUCAAAAAAGUGUAGAAAAAAUGAUAAAUUAAAGUAUUUGAAAAAAAAAAGGAAAAACAUUGUAAAAUAUUUAUGAAACGAAAAUCUCAAACUCCUUAAUUGCCUUUUUCGUCAGAACUUCUUCGUCCUCUUCCUGAUAUUUCCUUAGCUACGUGGGACUUGGCUACCCUUUCACAACAUCACUGUAUAAAAGGCAUGUUGCCGAUGAAGAUUUAUCCAUACCUGAGCUAUCGCCGCGAAAUAAACGAAACAGACGUAAAUGACACCUGCAAUUUGCAGAACGUGCUGCUCUUUAUUAAUCUUUAUUCGAUCUACCAUUCCAAUGAUCAGCUGAGAUUUUUUAACCCGAUGGAAUGUGAUCACCUUGAGAAAAGGGGAGGGAAAAAGGACAAUUUUGAGGUAUUUCAUAUCUUUGGAUAGAAGUCUUUCUUAAAGAAGUUUUAGGUCUCUUACCUUACGAAGGAACCACCAUCAUUCCUAACUUUUCAAGUUAAGGCGAAACUGUAUGUAAAUUUUAUUGCCGUACGGAAAUACAAUUUUCUCGUUUUGUUUUUUGUUUUGUUUUGCGUACAAAAUCUUUGCUGUAACGAUUCGACAUAGCAUUCCUUAAACUUAAACAUUCAGUCACGAAUGUUGACAUCUUUGAGAAAAAGCAGUUCAGUCUCCAGUUUUUCUAUAGCCUGCUUCAGGUUUACAUAGUGUUUAAAGAGUUUCUUUCGGUGGUUUUUCACCUAAAUGCCUUUUUAGCGUCCGUUUGUACUAAAGGACUAGCUUAUUAGCUUUGCUGACCGCGAGGAAGGGGAACAUGACUAGUAUGUACGCGGAGAUUUUCGUUUCAUGAAUGUUACAACUUUUUGCUAUUUAAUUUUUAUUUUUUUACUUUGUUUGGAAGACUUUCUUUUUACCCACGACAUUUACCCACAUCCACAGAGGGUCGUGGGUCGUGGGUAGUGGCCACGACAUUUAGUUACACUCACUUAUGUGAAGUAUUAGUCAGAGGUGUAAUAUGUUAGCGCAAAUCGUAUGUUUGUGACAGGUCAAUGACAUUUACUGUUUCUUAUGGAGCAUAUUUGCCGAACACAAUCGAUCGUGCAGCCGCGUUUCACUGUUUAGUAAACAGUUUACAGCUUGCUUGUUUGUAAGGUUGAAUAUUCUAAGUGUGGAUGUCUCAGCGUCGAGAAGAAGCCGUAACAACACGGAUGCAGCUAUCUCUGUUUGUCGUUUUUUUAAUUUGGCUACGGUUUCUGGUUGAUUUCAGAUUUGCCGACUUCCGGCUGAUCCGGAUUUCCGCCCUUCCGGUGUUUCAUAUUUCCAGGUUUCUAGAUCUACCUUUUACGUGUCAACCGGUAUCGCGAGCUGUAUCGGUGUACUUUACCAUGGGGAAAAUUGUAAUAGAGAGCCAAAAAAUUACUCUCGAAUACUACAGCCCACGUUGUUAUUGGUCAAUAGGUGACCUUACCUGACGCACUUGCUGGGUCGUUUGCAACCUCGUUCCCAGGGUUCUCUCCUACCCGCCCUACGGAGCGAGAGAGAAAGAGACCCUGGAAAACGCUGGUCACGUGUCUCCCAGAAUCUGGGAGAUUACAAACAAACGAUUUGGGGGAAGGCAGGUAAGUGUGAGAUUUGUCUCUACAGAGCGUAGACAGGUCAGUGCAGCCAUCAAACUGUGUACCUGACCUGAUCUUGAACGCGGAAAAUAAUGCACAAAGUCCUUUGACAGCGAAAGCGUAACUUCCUGCAGAAUAUCUGGGUGUUAAUCGGAUGUUCAUCAGAAUAUCAAUUUUCGGCAAAAUAUCUGUUCGGAAGACGAUUUGAGAUUAAUCGGAACAUUUGGAUGUUCAUCUAAAAUAUGGCGACGGAUUUUUACCCUAAAAAGGUCAUUAGAAUUUUCAGGAGCCUUUUUCUGGCAUACGUUUAACAAUGCUAUGUUUUAGUGGUUUUGAACUAUAUUCUCGUUGGGUGCCCCUGAUCUCGGAGGAUUCACCGUUUGUUCAGUCAAAAAUAAUUUAGGUAACCUGGUAGCAGUAUUCAUAACGAAACGCGCUAGAUUUGAAUUGCCGUUUAUAUGUUGUGGAGGCCACUUUAGAAAACAAAUGUACAGUAUCUGUAUUUGUUUUCAAGACUACUAUUAUGCAAGGCGACGAAAAAAUGUAUCAAGCGUUGGUGUCUUCACCCGCGACAUCGAACCGCCUCGAAGCAACAGGAAGAGAGAAUACGCGGCUCGGACAGUCAGGCUGAUUGUUAGCUAUUGUUCAAAUGGAAAGAGGUAAAGAGAAUCUUGGAAAAAUAUUUUUAGCCAAUUCUCUGUGUUUUUGCAUUUUUUUGUCGUCGUUUAUAAUUAUCAGGAUGGCCGUAAGCGUCUUUGUUAAAAAAUACCGUAUGAUAUGGCUUGCACAACUGCCAACCGUUUAUGGUUCCUUAUUAUUUUUCUGGAUGUUUAGGAAUGCUUUAGAGGAUUUUUAGAAAUCACUGAGCCACAUGUGUUUUUAAAUAAAGCUUUCAUAUUGGCCAUAAAACAAGAAAGCCUUUCGCUUGGAAGGUUAUGUUGUCUGUUUUGUCUCUGUUUAUACUAUUUCCUUUCAGUCCACAGGCGGCCCAAACUCAUUACAUGAACGCGGACGUGACUCAUGCUUGCGAGCGGUGUUGUGUUACAAACGGUUAUUUACAACGGCUUGUAUGAGAUGUAAACGGUUUCUCUUAAAAGAGAGAAAAAAUGUUAUGUUUUUAAAUAAAGUCGACGUACCUUAUGGCCUUGUUGUAUUCUUUGUUGUUUGCCUGCGUCUCAGGCCGUUUUGAAGCGUUUUCGGCGAGUUAGCGCUAUUUUGGUGUUCCACUGCUAAAAGAAAGACAUGGCAGAACUGUGAUUCCAGGAGUGUCCGUCGCUCGAGGCGAAUAAUUCCACUGGAAAAUUACCCCCGGCCUCAAUUCCUUCAGAAAUUCAAAGCAGAGAUGUUGCAGUUCCAUGUCCAUUCACUCGAUUCGUAAUUCCUCCCACAGAUCGUUCACUAGCGAUGCGAUGAUGUAAUGAGUUUGGGCUGCCUGUGGUCAGUCUUACAUGUCGCGUUGGUAUAUAAUUAUUUUUAUCUUUUUAUCUUUUACCACUUUUUUGCCUCAUCAUGACAAAGGUUAGGGGGUGGAAAAUGCUGACAUUUUAGGCUAUAGCUUUCCGUGAAGUCACUAGACCUAAAAUAUUACUUUGAUCGUAAAUGUAUUAACUGAAUUUCUUGUUCUCAAUGUAACACAGGCAGCCCAAAAAACUCAUUACAUGAACGCGGACGUGACUCAUGCUUGCGAGCGGUGUUGUGUUACAAACGGUUAUUUACAAAGGCUUGUAUGGAAUGUAAACGGUUUUUCUUAAAAGAGAGAAAAAAUGUUAUGUUUUUAAAUAAAAUCGACGUACCUUAUUGCCUUGUUGUAUUCUUUGUUGUUUGCCUGCGUCUCAGGCCGUUUUGAAGCGUUUUCGGCGAGUCAGCGCUAUUUUCGUGUUCCAAAGCCCGGCGAGGGUAGACAGCGGGGCUAACGGGUUUGUUUGUUUGUCGACUGCAGGCCGCUGUCUACCCUCGCCGUGCUUAUUUUAGUUACCCGACAUACUAUGCGAUCGGUGAACGGGUCCGUGGCAGUUUCGACGAGCCUAGUUUGAAAUUUGGAAGCCGAUCGAGCAGGAGAUGAAAGCAUCGCUAGUGAACGAUCUGUGGGAGGAAUUGCGAAUCGAGUGAAUGGACAUGGAACUGCAACAUCUCUGCUUUGAAUUUCUGAAGGAAUUGAGGCCGGAGGUAAUUUUCCAGUGGAAUUAUUCGCCUCGAGCGACGGACACUCCUGGAAUCACAGUUCUGCCAUGUCUUUCUUUUAGCAGUGGAACACCAAAAUAGCGCUAACUCGCCGAAAACGCUUCAAAACGGCCUGAGACGCAGGCAAACAACAAAGAAUACAACAAGGCCAUAAGGUACGUCGACUUUAUUUAAAAACAUAACAUUUUUUCUCUCUUUUAAGAAAAACUGUUUACAUCUCAUAGAAGCAGUUGUAAAUAACCGUUUGUAACACAACACCGCUCGCAAGCAUGAGUCACGUCCGCGUUCAUGUAAUGAGUUUGGGCCGCCUGUGAAUGUAACUGCCAUUUUUUGUCCCGGGGUUUUGUCACGCCGAACUGCUAAGACCACAAAUGGUGUAGGUUUAUUUGGCCUGAUUACCAGCCGCUGUCAGACAAACAUUGAAACUUUUAAUAUAGAAGUUCAACAUACAGGGAUUUUACCUUCAAAAAAUUAACUCGGUAUAACUCAAGAUCGUAGAUUUUUAGCGAUUAGUAUCAUCGGUUAAACCGGCGACAACGCUAAUUUUGAUUCCUUCUCUGGUAAUUCACUUGUUUAUCUCAUAGUUUUGUUUAGGCAGAAAUUUCCUUUAGUUUCAGUUUUAGUUGUAGUAGGGUUAGCAAAUAUAUCUUGCUGUUGCGAUCACUGCGUGAACGUCGCGAGUAAACCACACAAAAAAUUGUGAGACAAAGGACUCCUUCCUCAGAAAUAAUUUUGUUCUGGAGCCACGUGACCAGCGUUUUCCAGGGUCUCUCUCUCUCGCGCUCCGUAGAGCGGGUAGGAGAAAACCCUGGGAACGAGGAUGGGUCGUUUGCCGCUCGCUGGGUCGAUCGCUUGUCAGUUGUAACUGUCGCGUUGUUGGUGCUCUUGUACCGUGCCAAAACGUUCUCCCGCAAAGAGAGAUUUUAGAGGUUACGGGGACAACGGAGAGAGGAAAAUAAAAAAGAGCAAAGAAAGUGCUUCUUCAGCAACCAGCAAUGUGGAUGAAGAUUUGGUAAGAUCUUUCUGUUUGUUUUCUGUUAUGGCACCCAUUUUCACCUUUUCACGUAUUAGGGGUAAGCUCAUAUGAUUUCUAGUUCAACAUAACCUUACUUCCUCAGAUUUUCUGGACUGAAAAAAGCGUUUAAUUCACGAGGAAGCUAACAUAUUUAUUAUACUACUGAGUUGAUCAUCAUUAAAAAGGGAACAUGUUCUUUUUCCCAUGAUCGAGGGCAAGCUACCAAGAUAUAUGACAUGAAGCGCUUUGGCGUCUAAUCUGUCGAUUUCCGUUUACGGAAAUCAAAAAGCAACCUUUAACUGUACUGCUUAUAACAAAUAAAUAUAUGGCAGCACUACUACAGCUGCCCCCGCUCUGUAUGUAUCGUGGUCGGUCAAUAGUCUUCUUGUUUGUGUAGCUCUGUAAAAAAACAGAUUCAUAAUGGAUAUUUUCACACAUAUUGCAUACAAUAGGCGAGAUAAGAACACGAAACGAAGAGUUUCAUGCAGUGGUGAUUCAGUUCGAUUUUAAAGCAACUCAGAUCAAACCAUUCUCAGUUUCGAGAAUAUUUUGUUCUAAAAUAUAAGCUAAGAUUUGAUUAGAAGUUGUUAUUCUUCACUAUUUCUCUUUUACUUUUAAAUUAAAAGGUUUGAUCACGUUGCUCUUGGGCGUUCUAGUCAUUUUACUUUUAAGACAAUACGUUAUAUUAAUGAGAAUUCAAUGAAGAGAAUCGUUUCAUUACGAUAGAAAGAUACAUGUAUCUGUUGAAGAGCAGUAUUCACCAUUUUGCAUUCCGCAAGAGAUUCUGAAAGAAAAGCUUAUGCAACAAUACUGGGAGGGGGCAGACAGACAAGGUGUAUAAGGGAAUGCAAAAAUAACAAAUACUUGUGGUUAUAUAAAUAUCUUUUAAGAUCUGAACGAGUCGAGUAAUUCACAAGUUUUUUGGCAAGUCUUUCUUACAUGUAACUGAACCAUACAUUUAUAUCAUACAAAUAUGGAAACCUCGAAAGUUUAGCUCUGUGGAUUUGACCCUAAAGUGGAAAUCAAAGUAUUCUAUUGUAAGAUGAUACAAAAUACUUUAUUUCCUCAAUAAAAGCCGUCCCUUUUAACACCUCCCUCAAAUAAGAAAUAUUUACUAGUAAUAGUUGACAAUACAGCUCCACCCACCCUGUAUAUUGUCGGUCAAUAGUAUUCUUGGUCAUUGUGUAGCUCUUUGAAAUAUAAGGAUUCAUGAUCAAAGAGUUUCACACAUAUUAUUCUAUACAGAAGGUGAGAAUAAAAACAUGAAACGAAAGGUGCCAUGCACUGUUUGAGUACGAUUUACACAGCUAUGAUCUGCAAGCAUUCUCUGUUUUGAGAAUAGUUUAUUUUAAACCAUUAGAGAAGAUUUAAUUAUUAGAAGUUAAAGUUUUACAGACAGUUCAUUUUAUUUGCGUGAAAGUAAGCCUUAGAAAUUAAAAGGUUUGAUCAAUAAUUGCUCACAGAUGUCCUUCAGGGCAUAAAGUAUUAAAAAUGGCUAGAACGUGCCAAUGAGAUAGAGAAAGAGAUCAAAGAUCUGUGAACUCGUGUCUGGCAAACUAUCCAAGUGUUUAUAUACACAGUCAUACACACCUUAUAACCUCAUCUCACCUUAACGAUAUAACAUUUCACAAGCAUUCGUUAUAUAGAGGUAUUUGAUAUAGCGAACCCUCCAUUUAACUAACACAUUUCCCCAGUCCCUUUGCAUGUUAAAUCGAGGUUCCACUUGUACUUAAAUACUUUGAUCACUAAAACUCCUUUUUAACUAUAUCAUACAGCAGAGAAGGUGAUAACGGAUUUGUUGUUGCAGGAAGACGAAAAGUGAUUAAUGAAAAAAGAUCAUUAAGAAAAAUAAAUAUCAAUCGUUUUUUUUUUUAAAAAAUGGUGUAUUCAUUUGUAUUAAAAUAAAAACUUUUGAACGUUGUUUCUUUUUAGACAACAACUACCUCGCACGUCCAAGCUCCUUACAGAGGCGUCUUCUCCAUUUUCAAAACAACCAUUUUUCUACUAGAUUCUAUUUUUUUAAAGAGCAGGGGAUUUUUAGAUAAAACUUCUUUGACAAUCAUUAUCAUUGACCAAAUCAUGAUAUUGGGUAAGGCUUUUCGUUGCGCGUGGUGAGUAGAAUAUCGUUUUGACUCUCUUUUACUAUUCAUUGCAAUUAUUAUUCUUUAAAAGUUCAUAUUUCAGUUUAUUUGUUGCUUUGGUGCAUGUAUGUUCUUUUUAUCCCCAUAUAACGGUGACGAGGGAUCCUAUUAACCAUCGGUGUUUAGUUUUCUGUAAGCUAAAAAUAAAUUUAAGUAAAACCUUCAUACACCAAGAAGGGUGGCUUCAGAAAAGAAUAAGGCCCGAGGAUGAUAAUUGGUGGUAGAAAUGAAUAGUCUGUUGAACGUUGUGCUUUCCUCUUACAACAACUAGUCAAACAUUUGAGCUCGUUACAAAGCUUUCUUCUCAAUUUUUAUAAAAACCAUUUCUCAAUCACUAGUGAUUUUAUUCACAUUGAAAUGUAGCGAGUUCUUAGGCUCAGUAAACCUUGUAACACACAUUUCCCAAACUCCUUUUUUUAUUGGAAAUGCUUUUCAUUGCGCGUGUUGACCAGAAUCUCGUUAUUGUAAUUUUCACGCCCUGUGUUGAAUUUCAUUUGCACGUGCUGCUAGACUCAUUAUAUAUUCAGUUUCGUUUGUACCUUCGGGGCACUUGAUAGAGAUUAAAAAUGUCUGUUCAGUAACCGCUUGAACGCGUGGUUCGCUGUCUUAUUACAUGGUGGCAGCGGUGGCCGCUUCUGCUUCGUUUUUAACCGUCUACGUUAUACAGCAUGCCUGGUGGUGAUACCUCCAAUGGACAGUCUGGUGCGGUAGCGCCGCCAUCGUCGACUUUUCAUCAGAUUACUCCGCCGAAGUACCUUGACUUGAAACAGUGGAAAAAUUGCCGAAAACUGGAAGCUUGGAAGGAGAAAUAUAACAAUUAUUUUGUCAUUUCUCGUUUGGAUCGGGAAACCCCGGAGUUUCAGUCGACGAUGUUCAAACAUACGAUCGGAGAUGAUGCGUUGAAAGUCAUCAAAACAUUCAACUACGUUGUAAUGGCAAAAAUGGAGAAGCACUGCAUCGGCGAAAUCAACGAAAUUUACGAACGAUACUGUUUUAAUAUGCGAGACAAGCUUCCAACGGAGUCGGUUGAUAGUUUUGUUGCCGAGUUGAGGAAUCUGGCCAAAACAUGUAAUUUUUGCGAUUGUUUGCGGGAUAGUUUAAUCCGUGAUCGUAUUGUGCUUGGAAUCAAAAACGAGCUGACGACCAAGAAGUUGCUGAGAAUGAGAGAUCUUACUCUGAAUCGUUGCAUCGACGUGUGUCGCAGCGAGGAAGUUGCUGAGUUGCAAAUGGAGUCGUUAUCUGGGCCGGUGGAUAACGAGCCUCGAGCUCCAACGCCGGUGGACGGGCGGUCGGCAAAGAAAAUUUCCUGCAAAUUUUGUGGCUAUGACCAUCAACCUGAUAGGAAGAUGUGCCCCGCAUGGGGAAAGACGUGCAACCGAUGAAACGAAAAGAAUCAUUUUGCCAAGAAGUGUAAGAAAGUUCCUGUCCAUAAUAUUGAGAGCGAAGAGGAGUUAGAGGAGAUCAGCGUUGUAAGAGUACAGGCUUUGAGAGGGAGAGCUGUGUAUGCGAGAAUGCUGGUUAGGCAACAACCGGUGCAAUUUCAAGUUGAUUGUGGUGCAAGUGCAAAUAUUUUACCUCUGAAGUAUGCUGAGGGCGAGGAACUCGACUCGUGUUCGCAAACGCUUGUCAUGUGGAAUGGAACUAAAGUGACGCCUGUCGGUUCCUGUGCGUUGCCUGUUGUGAAUCCGAAAACUAAUGAGAAGUACAAGGUCCGGUUUCUAGUUGUGAAAGAGGAUUUGACCCCUCUGCUUGGCUUAAAUGCAACGCAGAAAAUGAAGCUGUUAACUGUACACAAGGAAAACUUCAUUAAUGUCGUGGAAAAUGCAAAUGAUGAUCUCACAGCUAAUUACGCGGAUGUCUUUAACAAAGGUCUCGGAACACUUCCAGGAAAAGUUCGCCUGCAAGUUGACCCAGAUUGCAAGCCUGUUAUCCUUCCAGCAAGAAACGUCCCUGUGUCUGUUCAGGAGAAGUUCAAAGAAGAGCUCCAAAGGUUGGAACGUCUUAAAGUAAUCAGUCCUGUUGACGAACCGACCGAGUGGGUUAGUCAGAUUGUUGUAGCUGUAAAGAAGUCCGGCGAACUGCGUGUUUGUAUUGACCCGCGACCACUUAAUACUGUCUUGAAGAGGGAACGUUAUCAAAUUCCCGUCAUUGAUGAUUUGUUGCCCGACUUGACAGAUGCACGUGUGUUUACAAAGGUUGAUUUAGCCUCUGCUUUUUGGCAUCUGGAGUUAGUUCGCGAGUCUAGAAUGCUCACGAAAUUUGCUACGCCAUAUGGGAAAUAUCGUUGGCUCCGUUUGCCGUUUGUUCUCAGUGUUUCGAGUGAAAUUUUUCGGAAAGGUCUCCAUCAAGAGUUACAAGGUCUCCCGGGUGUAAAGUGUAUUGCAGAUGAUAUUCUCAUCCAUGGCACGUUUGAGGCUGAUCAUGACAGCAAUCUAGAUGGAUUCAUGUUCAGAUGUCAGCAAAAAGGUAUCAAGCUCAAUGUUGAGAAUUUAGAGUAGAAGUGUAAAGAGGUUCUAUUUCAUGGGCACCUGCUAACCACAGAGGGUCUAAAGCCAGAUCCAGAGAAAGUGAGAGCAAUCGUAGAGAUGCCACGCCCAAAGGAGCGAGAUGAUAUUUUACGCCUGAAUGGAAUGGUCAAUUAUCUUAGUCGUUUUCUACCCCACUUAUCUGAUGUGAUGAAACCUCUACGAGAUUUUACCCAUAAAGAUGCAGCAUGGUGUUGGGAUGAUUUGCAAGAGAAGGCUUGGAAUGAUGUCAAGACUUUGAUUGCAUCAGCAUCCGUUCUAGCCUACUACAAGCCCACUGAAGUGCUUGAGAUCCAGUGUGAUAUAUAGCAGCCAGAGUGGUUUAGGUGCAGCUUUAAUGCACAAUGGUCACCCAAUCGCCUACGCUAGUAGAGCCUUAACAGAGACGGAAUCUCGCUAUGCGCAGAUUGAAAAGGAGAUGUUGGCAAUCGUGUUUUCAGUAGAGAAGUUUAAUGACUUUACCUUCGGUAGAAGAACUGUUGUCCAUACUCAUCAUAAGCCACUUGAGUCAAUUUUCAUGAAACCACUUCAUCGCGCUCCUAAGAGGUUGCAAGGAAUGUUGAUCCGUUUGAAAAAGUACUAUUUGGUGGUACAGUACGAGAGGGGAAGCAGAAUGUUCUUAGCGGACACUCUCUCUAGAGCUUAUCUUCCCUCGGGUGCGCAGAUUGAGUCAGAGUUUGAGACAAUCAACAUGAUGAAUUACUUGCCAAUAUCUGAAGCCAGGCUACUGCAAAUUCAGCGGGAGACAGAGCAGGAUGAAUCGCUUCAAGUUCUAAAGGCGGUGAUUCAGCAUGGCUGGCCUGAAAAUAAGAGUACCCUGCCGCUUCUAGCCUCUCCUUACUUCGAUAUGAGAGAUGAACUGUCCGUUCAGGAUGGUCUGAUUUUUAUUUUUGCUCUGUUAAGGCAACCAUUAACUCCAAGGUGCGAAUUGUGAAUACUUUUUAGGAGACCACUCGUAGCAGCCUUGGGUACCACUACCCUUUCUCCCUUAAAAAUCGGAACUUCUCAUUCUCUAUUCUAGGUUCAGACUGCCCUCACGGCUACCUUCUAUUAAAAUAGGAACUGAUAUCAUCAAGCAUACAAACAAGGCGCUUAAUAUCGGCGUCAUUUUCGAUAACACCGCAACGAUGUCUUUUCAUAUUAACAACAUAGUUAAAGUGGCAUUCUACUACCUUAGAAAUAUAGCUAAGAUUCGUAAGUAUAUCAAUGUCACAACGGCUGAAGUUCUUGUGCACGCAUUCAUAAAUUCGAAGCUGGAUUUCUGCAACUCGCUUUUACAUGGUCUUCCCAAGUAUGAAAUUAACAAACUGCAAAGUGUCCAAAACUCUGCAGCGCGUGCGAUUGCCUGCUUACGUAAGUUUGAUCGCAUAAGUGAUACUCUAAAGGAGUUGCACUGGCUACCAGUGGAGCAAAGAAUAAUCUUUAAGAUUAAUCUUAUUUGUUUUAAGAUACUCAACAAUUUAGCUCCUGAUUAUUUGGUUGACCUAAUCCAUGUUUAUGAACCUGCGAGCUACCUUCGCUCAUCUUCAGACAAGUGGCGUCUUGUUAUUAAACCCUAUAACUUAAAGACAUAUAGUUUAAGGCCUUUGUCAGUCAUUGCCCCUAUACUCUGGAACGAUUUGCCUAUUGACAUUAGAUCGAUCGAUGAUGUAAAUAAAUUUAAAUUGAAGACCUCUCUUUUUAAGCGAGUUUACGAACUAUCGUAGGUUUUUUAUUUUGUAUUUUCUGUGACUAUGUAUAUGUUGUAGUUAAUUUUUUAUCUCAGGUAAUUUUUAUUUUUCUUUUGUUUCAACUUCAUUAGCAUAUAUUACCAUACCCAAAAACAAAAGAAAAAUAAAAAUUACCUGAAAUAAAAAAUUAACUACAACAUAUAUAUAUAUCUAUCUGAUUUCUUUAAAACGUGGCCACUGGGUUCUGGUUUUCUAGUUACUGUUUACUGCACUUGCAAAAUAACGUUACGUUACAACUUUUUACUUGCAGCAUUGCGCUGUAACUCGUUUCGUUUUAAAACACAGUCUACGACUGUACUUACUUUGUAGCUGAGAUGUACAAUGUAUGCUACUGAAAGACAGUGUCUUUGUAAUGUGAAUUAAUAAAUUUAAAUGCAGUUUAAAGACGAGUGUGGGCCUGGUUUUAGCUAUUCAGUUAAACAAUUAAAACUGUAAGUGGAGUCAUAGAAGUGACCUCAUCAUAGUUACCUCUUUUAUACGGACACCUCUCUCUCUUCGGUGUCCCUAUUAGAGACGUUCGACUGUAGCCUGUUGAAUGUUUUGCUUCCUUUGACAACAACUAGUCAAACGUUUGAGCUCCUUCGCUACAAAGGUAUUUUACCGAUUUUCCGUGUUUGAACUAGUAUUGAUUUUAUUCACAUUCAGCUGUAGCGAAUUCUUACCUAAACCUUGUAACCUCAAUUUCCUCAACUCUUUUUUUAUUAAUAGAAAAGGCUUUUCAUUGCGCGUGGUUAAAAGAAUGUCGCUUUUGACUCUCUUUUACCAUUCUUUGCAUUAUUCUUUAAAACUAUUUUUCUCAGCGUUUUUAACUUAAGAAUCAUUAUGUACAUGUGUGACCUUGGUACCCACUUAAAAUCGUGCCGUAAAAAAAAUAAAGGGUCGACCAUCUUUCCAACGUCACUAAAAGAAAAUUAAAUUGUUUUUUAUCAGUUUGAUUAGAAGCAAUAUUGUACGCCGAUUCGACUCAAGCAGAACCCAAAAUUUUCGAAGAAUUAUAGCAUGUCUCAUUUUGCCAGUAUUCAAAGUUCAUGUCUUUAAAAAAGUUGUUUUUUUUUUAAGAAAAUCUCUUUUUUAACAUGAUAGAGUAGGUUUAAGUCAAUAAUUAAGAAUCAAUAAUUAAGCAAACUAACGUUUUGGAAACCUGUUCACCACCGGAGUUUAGCUUUCUGAAAAGCCUUAACAGAACUGACUAUCGAUUGCAUCGGUGAUAACAAAACUCAAAACACCCUUCAUACAAGAAGGGUGGCUUCGGAGAAGAGUACGAACGGCUGAAGAUGAUAACUAUUAGUAAAAAAGAUUGUAUAAGAUUCGAACACCCUUUUAUUUUUCAUUUUUUUGAUUAACUUUUACAAAUAUUUGCGUGAACCUUUUUAUCACAUAAAACGAGAAGGUAAGACGUCCUUUUUUGGCUUCAUAAGCCAUUGGAAAAGUUGUUUUGGUCUGUUUGCCAACGGCAAGAAAAUCUACAUCGACUCAAGUUUGCUCCCAAAAUCAGAUAUUCAUCAUUUGAAAAAGGUUAUUUUGAAAGAAAGACUCCAUCCAUGACAUCUACUAAGUUAAAUGGGCAUUUCACUUCAUUCCGCUGACAGCGUCAUUGAGAUCCGAGACAACAGACGUUAAGAAGGCGGCACAGUGAGUAGAAGGAGUCUUUCUAACAUCGCGAGUGAGUGCAGAUAAAACCGUUCAGAGAUGGCGAAGACGGCUUAGUAUACGUCUUGGAUCCCUUUGUCUUUGGCCGAAACUGAAGACAGCUGACUAAAACUGAGGAAAUGUGUAAUGCGUGAUAAAAUAGUUUGUGAGUCCUAGAGAGUCGAUUAUAUACGAUUUUAAAACGUGGUAUUCCGCAUUGAUAUUAAUUGCAUUCUAUUACAAUUUUCCCCAUGGUAUUGUACCAUAUGUUUGACCGCUCUCGGUUGAAUGGCAGGUUUUCCGAGGUUGUGGCUCUUAAAUCUCAAUUUUUUGACCCAAAAUGAAACCUGCUUGGUUGAUAUUCUGAUUCUUGGGCAAACUUUCACCUCUGGACAGUUGUUUUGCCGAGCUAUUCAACUCGAAACGUGACACAAUUUCACCUGUUUUGAGCUUCGGAUUGUUAGCAUGGCAUUCAAAUUGAUUGGUUUAUCCUUCCGCUUCUGCUUCCGACUUCGACAAUCUCAGUGGUUUUCACUAGAUCAUAAGCGGGACCUAAGCGACAGAGUCGUAAGCGGAGUCGGAAAAAAUGGAAACGUUCUGAUUCUUCUGAUUCCAUCGUGCUUAUGACUCUGCUUACGACUCCGAUUUUUGAUUUCACUAGACCAUUAGCGUUCUUACGACUCCGGUUACGACUCCGACUCCGACUCCGUCGCUAGUGAAAACCACCCCAGGGAUCGAGUAAAAGAAUAAAUAUAGCAGCAAACGUUGCCUAUAUGGACUUGCUAAUGCUACCCUGUAAUGUUUUUCAAGGUAGCACUUUAUUUUUUAGAGGAAAAGGCCCUCAAAGGAUCAGUAAACGGUCGAACAACGAAGAAUUUUACGUUAUCCGCGUACAUAAAACAGCUAUUUGUUCCAAAACCUUAAGACCAAUAUUUACACCCAAUGGUGGCAGUAAGGGCAAGUCCUUAUUAAUUAUGCCUUUCACAGCAAAAACUAUUUUAAAAAAGUGAAAUCGUUUGGUAUUUCAUUGGUGUUUCUAUGAUAAAUAGAACAUUACAUGGCCGCUUGGAGAUAUGAAAUUUCUCUUCUCGUUUUGAAAAAAUAUAUUACACUCUUUCGCGGCGCUCACUUGUGAAAUAUUUUUCAUGACUCGAAGAGAAAUUUCGUAUCUCCGCGGGGCCAUGUAAUAUCCUCUAAUUAUAAUAACAAAAAUAAAUAAGGACAAUGGAUAUUCUCUAAAGCACGUAGCGUGAAUAUGUAGAUCGUACGGAAAAAGUUCAAAUACGGAGAAGUGGUAAUUUACACUUAAUGAAGGAGAGGAUAAAAUUAAGAGAUUUGGAUGAAGCACUAAUUAAAAGUAACCUUUAAGUUAGAUCAUUGAAAAAUGUAGAAGCGCUGUAGGCCAAUGUACGUUUCUCAGAGUUGCUAUGUGGGUAUGGCAGCUUUAAAAGGUCAUAAAGAAAGGCUCUUGUAAGAUGGCCUGAAGGUCCACGUGAAACGAAGGGGAGUUGAAAUCUAUUUUUGAGGCAUUUGGGAGCAAAACUUCCCUGUAUUUAAUAAGAUCAAAAACGGAGAUCCCCUGUAGUUUUGACAAUAAGGAAAUAGACGCCUUGUCACAAAUUAUGUAUGAUACAACCAGUUCCAUUUAGCAUUUAAUUCUUCACUCCCUUCAAAGUAUAUUUCUUCACAUGUUCCGCCAUAUUUUCGCCAUCAAUUCGCGUAAAAUUUCGAUGAUCUAUACUCAAUCUACACACUCGAUCAGCCCCACGAGUGCGAACUACUACAAAGUUCCUAGACUCUUAGGGAUGGCGAAUGGUACUGAAUCCGAGACUCGCCGAGACGCCGAGAUCCUAGUUAGAAAUCCGAGCCCGAGACUCUUUGGUAAAAAGUUUCGAGACUCAAAAAAAGUAAAAACAAACCAUGCAAAAACGAGACGUCGAGACUUAUCAAAAACGCUUCCGAGAUUUCGAAAUCCUGCCAAAAUUUUCCGCGACCCACGUUUUUCAAGGUACCAUUCGCCACCCCUACUCUUGUGCAAAAUUCAGUUCUCACUUGACCAGUUUUCCCGCCACAAUGACGCAAUAAUUUUCUCACACGCCUGAGAGAAGUCGGGUUGAAGGAGCACACAAACUGGGACAUAACAGAAGAUGGUGGAGCAGUUACCCCAGGCAACAGAGCAAUAAGUAAAGUAUAUAACGUAGUUGUUAACACAAGAGUUAUAAAAAUGUAAAGAAGAAUCAAAAUUAAAAUAUGGUUUAAUAUGACGAAGGAGAGAAAGUCUGCUUCUGAUAAUGGAGUAGUUUGCCGAUUCCGCAUGGCCAAGAAUAGCGCGCAGACACUUUGUUUUAGGAUUAGCUACAAUGUUCGUCCAGAAAUUUAAUUUUCCAAGCCAAAAUGAAACCUGCUUAGUUGAUUUUAUGGUUCUCGGAUGAACUCUCACCUCUGGACGGUUGUUUUACCGAGCUAUUUAUCUCGAAACGUGACACAGUUUUUAUCUCCUUGGAGCUUCGGAUUUUUAGCAUGGUAUUCAAAUAAAGCCGCGAACCAGCAGUUUCUAGGUCCGGUUCAUACGCCGUACUUUUCUUGAGCCGAACCUAAUAAACUUUCACCUCUGGACAGUUGUUUUACCGAGCUAUUAAACUCGAAACGUGACACACUUUCACCUGUUUUGAGCUUCGGAUUAUUAGCAUGGCAUUCAAAUAUGGCCGCAUACCAGCAGUUUCUAAAGCACGUUUACUGGAAUUUUAUAGAAUCCGGCAUCUCAGAGAUUAGAAAAUGGCUUAAUUUGUGAGUCAUUGCCAGUGAUGAAUUAGGUAAGCCGUACCUUUGACAAAAUCUGCUUGAGAUAGAUCCGUUACGCUAGAGCUGAAAAUAUCGCAUUGGCUCGCAAAUGACAAACGACCAUAACUUUUAAAAUACUGAAAUCGUACCUGGGGCUUUUAUACAUUCUUAACAACAGAUGAUCUGUCUUUUGGUCUGUUUAGUCUAGAGCUUUCAACUAGGUCCCAAACUUCAGAAAUGAGCUUUUUUUGGCCUUUCGCUCCAAGGCAAAUAGUUGGGGUCAUAUUUUGCUUGAUUUCGUCUUUGGAGCUACAUUUAGCAAAUAACUAUUACUUUCAGGAAAAACUAGAGGUGUUUACCUAUAAAUAGAUAUAAAAGUUAUUGGUAUAUGUUGCAAAUCAAACAUUUGACAGCGCCGCAAAAAAUGCCUAAUUUUCAAUUUUCAAGACGUGUAAACUGGCCGUGGCGAGAGAAAAUACUCAGCGCCCCCCCCAGCGCGGACAGAAAAUUAUUGUGAAUCAAAGCAAACCUAUUUUAGUUAUAGUCUCGAUAAAGCCUUUCACUCGCCAGAGUUUCAGGCAAAAUUAGUUUUCACGCGAAAUUGAUUGGGCGGUUUACUGAGAGAGCCUCUUAAAGUUAGAAGAGUGUAUGAAUGAUACAGUUCUUUUGUUUUUCAUUUUAGAAGAUAAGGGAAAUCGCGGUCAAAAAUACAAUGAUGUUCAGACCGUUUGAAAACGUCACAAAAACUAAGAAUUUGUACAUGCCGAAAUACUUAAAGAGAACAAUGAGGUCAAGUGACUUGCGCUCGACGUAGUCUUUCUCGUUGUCUAACGCUUAAUGAAAAUUGAGGGGUCUUUUACAAGAAGUCGCUUUUGUUCUUCACCAACCGAAGAUCAGUACGCCUUUGGAUUUGUUUAAUUCUAAUUAUAUAAGAAACAAAUUCUGAACAAUCUACAAACUCACUAUUAGCCUCUGUAUAGUUAGUAGAGGUCCCCUCUACUAACUAUCCCCUCUAGUGUAGGAAGGUCGCAGAAGACUCGCAAUUGGUUCUCUUCGAGGAGAUUCCCUAUGGUGGGUUGAAAUCUUCGGCUUUUGGUCUUUCAUUAACUUUUGGCACAGGUGGUUGUUACCACUUCUGGCUCAAGAUAUCUUCUAAUCGUUGUUUUCUUUCCUAAGGUAUGGCGAUAAAGGACCAAAGUUCUUCUUAUCCCGUCUUCUGAGUAUUUUAUGGAUGUUUACUGGUGUUGCUGUAAUGGCAUAUCUAACUGCAAUGAUGACGACUGCUCUAACAUCAGGAAUUGUGACUGACCACAGAAAAAUUGUUAACACUGAGGUAAGGACACCAAUAUUUAUUUCAUCUAAUUUCGACCACAAAAUUUUUACGAUGCACACGUCCGAUCUCUUGUCUAACGGAUUAAUCGUGCAGACAAGACAUCGAUGCAAACGUCUCUUCACAUCAUUGCCCCAUGUAUGUAAGGCAAUCCGGAUUUCGGAAUACGGGAAAUUUUCGCUUGUGGAAUCCAGAAUCCUGGGCUUUGGAAUCCGGAAUACAGUGCUGCAGGAAUCCGGAAUCCAAGUUCCACUGACAAAGAUAUGGAAUCCAGUACCUGGAGUCCGAAAUCCACAGGAUGGAAUCCAGAACCCAAACCUGUCUUGGGGCGACCAUCAGUUUCUCGCCGGUGAAUGAAAAAGUUCCAAUAAUGCAGGCAUUAAUUUUCCCGAUGCACACUUCCGAAGACAUGCCUGACAGGUGGAUCAUGAAGGUAUACAGUCCAGGCACCCCUCAUGGCAUGGUCAUGAAGACAUUUAUUAGACGCACAAGACCUUCCAUAUGUCUCUCGAAGGAACGAUCCAGGCACGUUUUACCGACCAUACCCCUCUCAGAUUACCUGUGCGGGCAGAUGGUCGAUGCACAAGUCCCCUAUAAAGCCUCACAGGUGACCUAUCCAUAUCAUCAAUGCAGUCGAUGCAAAGUUUCCGACACAACUCACAGAGUAUGGCGUUCCGUUGCGGACAAAAUUAUACCGAUGGUAAAAACAUGUUGAAAACAUAAUACGUAAGUCAAACUUGUAAAAUACACCGAAUGCAUUAAAAAAUAUGAGUCGAGAUUUGCACUGAUAUACAUGUUCAGGAACAAAAAAAAAAUACUAAGCAAAUGUCAUGACUUCAAACACGAGUCGAAAUUUUGAAAUUUGAGUCGAAAAAAGUCUGCGAGUCGAGUUCAAAAAAAAAACUUGAGUCGAGAAAGAGAGAACGCUGACCAGUUGUGUUAUCAAUCAGUGCCUUCACUUCACCGAGACGAGGCUUCGAUCCAAAGUAGUGGUUUGUUGGCUACCAAAUAUUGCAGAUUUUUUCUCAGAAUUCUUAUUUCGGCACUUUGACGAGUACAAAAGGACACUUGCAACUCUGUCGUCAAGAUUUUGUGAGACUUUUUACGGUUGUUUAGAAAUAGGGAAGUUCACCCUUUCUACGUUAAAUCGGACUGGAACCCACCGGUUCAACCAUUAGAAGCCCUCCAGAGAGGUUAAAUCACAACUGGCAGAGAUACAACUAACAAAGCCAAAACACAACCUGUCACGCAAGGACCGACAAGCAUUAACUUGAGAAUUACAGCAAAACAAGCGGUCAAGGGAAUCACUACAGUAGGCAUGAACCUGACAUGUUUUUAACUCGAACUCCCAGCUAAACUCGAAUUAAGUCCCAUUCCCCGCUUCUCAGUCAUUUUUACUCAGCUAAUUCGAAUAACUCCAACUAAAUUUCCUUUCCCCUCAUCAAAAUUUCCCUGAAAUUUACCCCCGGCCGAUAACUCGAAUUCUGGUUCUUGUAAUUCCACUCGGAUGUCAUUUCAUUAGUUCCUCUUGUUGUAGAAUCGGUAAAAAACACUAAAACCAACACUACAGCAAUUUAAUAUUAAUUGUUGCAACCAACAGAUCACGUUUUUUCAUAAAAAGGCAUAAUCAUGUUACCGUUUCUGAUGAAAUUGGUAAAAAACUGCGCUGUCAGACAGUAUACACUGAAGCAAUAACUCGGACCCCCGCUUACUAGAACUGUUUUUCGUUAACUAGCGCACAAAGGAAUCAAGGAGAAUUUCCUCUAUUGUUAACACACGGUCCCACUCCAGUAUAGAUGUGAGGCCUGUUAAUUAUAUAGUUACCCCCUUUCUGUUGGACAAUCACACCCAAAGAUUAUUGGUCGUAAGUUAUAGUUGGUUUGUAAAUUUUUGUAAUAGUGUAUAACUCUGGUAUUCUAGGUGGAUUGGGUGUUUGAGAUUUGCCACUAUCUCGUCAUUUCAUCAUUAUGUUUUCCGUACUUAAUUAGGCGCUUGACCUUGCUUUGCGUUUCUUUCAACAUUGGUUCAACGAGAGGUUUGUAGUUAUGUUCGUCGUCGAUUUGUAUUUGACUUUCUCUUAUUUUGUCAGUUUUGUUCGUGCCUACUGUAGUGAGUCCCUUGUCCGCUUGAUGUCGAUGUCGCGCGCCAGCUCAGUGUAAUUCUUUUAAUGCUUGUCGGUCCUUGCGUGACAGGUUAUGUGUUAGCUUUGUUAUUUGUAUCUCUGCCAGUUGUGAUUUUUACCUCUCUCGUCCUUUUGUACUCGUUAAGGCGCCGAAAUAAGAAUUCUGAACUGUAAUACUGAAGCUGAACUAAGCUGCCUUUUCAAAUCCUCGAUAAGUCUAGCAAGGGAGAAGAAAAACUCUGCAAUAUUUGGUAGCCAAGAAACCACUACUUUGGAUCGAAACCUCGUCUCGGUGAAGUGAAGUCAUCGAUUGAUAUCACAACUGGUCAGCGUUCUCUCUUUCUCGACUCGAGUACUUUUUUUUUCAAAUCGGCUCGCAUAUUUUUUUCGACUCAAAUUUCAAAAUUUUGACUCGUGUUUUUUUUUUCGUUCGUGAACAUAUAUUUCGCAAAUCUCGACUCAUGUUUUUUAUUGCAUUUGAUGUACUUUACAAGUUUCGACUUAAGUAUUAUGUUUUCAACAUGUUUUUACUAUCGGUAUAAUUUUGUCCGCAACGGAACGCCACAACAGAGGAAACAUGCAGUACAAUCUUUUAUGGGCAAAUUCUCUCACAUAGCUCACAGAUGUAUUGGCCAGGCCAAUGUUUGAUGCAAAAUUCCCCAAACACACAUCACAGAUUAAUGGUGGAAGCAAACCUAUGAACUCCCAGCACACAAUGUACAGGAAAACUUAGUAGGACGCCCAUAACAUUCGAUCGUAGAACGGCAGUUAUGCAUCGACCACAUCCAUCUUUGUCACAUAAUUAUUUUAUUUAUCAAUUUAUUUAUCAGAUGACCACCAAGAAAGAACAAGGGCCGUUUAACAUAUCUCCUAGAUAAACUACGCUGACCAGUUCGUACUGCACAUACUUCUUUUGAUAUUGUAUGCCCAGGAAACUGUGAUGAUUCUCAAGAUGUAAAGCAGUUACUUUCAAUAUUUCUUGUUAUAGCUUGGUGUUUUAACCAACAGUCGAGGAUACAUGGAAGGAGUGAAGCAGGGCGUAAUCGUUAAGGGUAAGAACAUCAAAACUGUAACCUUUAGGUGGAUUUACACUGCCGCGUAAUUUUUACGUGCGCAUCAAUUAGAACCUCGCAUAAUUUUACGUUUACUCGCGACACUUCAUACAUUGCCUCUAUUUUAUUUACGCGCAUAGAAUUAUUCAGAGAAUGAACUGCUAGUGCGCGACGCGACACACAAAAUUGUAAACGGCUACGGCAUGCCCCAUAGUACUUAUGAGUAGUUUUAUUAACUAGAGAUCAGAGGUGCAUAAUUACAAUACUAGACCAGAUAGACCUGAUACUAGACAAAGUGUUUGUGCUAUCGCAAUUUGUAAUGAAAAGGCUGUCGCAAUUAGUAUUAAAAAAGUUGUCGCAAUUUGUAAUAACUGUUCAUCGCAGUCUGUAAUAAAUUUUUUGAGAUUUAUUCUGUUGCCAUGAGGGAUUCGCUUCAAGACAUGAAAAUUAUCGUGACAUGUCGCCUUGUCAAUGUAAUUUCUUUUCCCUUUUCCUUGUCGGACCAUUCACAAAAAUUAGCGUGUCUGCGAGUUGUUUGUUGCUAUUUUUGAAAGACUUUUAGAAAUCUAUUACAAGAGCGGUAUCGAGGUUUAGCGUGCUCUGAAAAGCUAACCAAACAUAACUUAGAAAACCCAACAGCUGGUGGCGGUGAUUUUCUUCUUAUCAUUGCUCCGAGUCAAGAAAAAUUUAUUGUAUCACUCAGCAAGAGUUUUACAGAUGUCUUUGUUUUAUUCCGUAAACUUAGAGGACGGAAAUAUAAGCACUUUUUGUACGUUUCAGCUUUGAUUAUGGGAUAACAUUCAUGUUUCUGAGAAGUUAUCAGUAUUAACCUGAGUAAGUUGAAUAAAUGUCAAAAAGUUUAUGACUAAGUGCGAGGGAAUUGUUACCAACUGUGACAGCUCAUUUUAUUACAAAGGAGUGUAUCUUUAUGUCGAGGGUGGAGGGUAGCAAUUUUUUUAAUUUUUUUUUUUGAAUAGUAGAAAACAAAUGGAAAACAAAUAAGAAGAAUUUAAAAAACAAAUGGCGUGUCGACAUCUCCAUCCAUAUUAGUUCCACUUGUUGGGUGGGGAGGGGGGAGGGGGGGACAGAACACGUUACUUGAUAAUGAGUGACUGCCUAAGAACGUCUUCAGCUCUGUUGACGAGCCACCAUAUAGUAAAAAAUGUCGUAAAAAAAGUUUAAAAAACUGAUUUAACUGAUAUAUUACUGUCAAAAUGAGCUUGGCCGCCUGUGGAAGCAGGAAUUACAAAAUAACAAAUAAAGGAUAUGCGGCUAAAUUAGCGAUAAAGGCUAGGCCCUAGCCUAACCCUUCCAACUUUUCCCAGUUUUGGGCUAGGCGGACCGACCCAUCUUAAUGAGAUGGAGGCAAUGAAAAACGAAACAUAUUAUUUUAUUGAAAGUUAGCAUAAUCGUCUGCUCCGAUCUGAUCGCUGUUCGUGAAUAAAAGCUCCCCUUUUCGUGCAAAAUAGGAAAUAAUUGCUGAAGCCGUUGUGAAGAAAGUUUGUGUACAAAAUUAGUUUCGCCACAUGACUUCCUAUUAUCGCACUGCCGCCAUCAACUGCGCCGACAAGGUUGGUUUUCCGUUCCUUUUGUAUUUCAGAGUGUUUCAAAUUUCUGCAGUGAUAUUCGUUUUAAGCUGCAGAACAUUAACGUUGGUAAUUGAAGGAGUUUAUUAUUGAGACCCGACUCGGGCGAUAGCAUCAACCAUCUAAAUUAUCACUCUAGCUACGUACCUAGGUCACGAUUUCCGGUGUCGGUGAUUAUCGAUGACUUGUAUUUUAAAAUUUCAUGGCGAGUUUCUACUUCAUUGAAAGCACAACAAUUUGGUCCCAUACAGUGGGAUAGCUUAAGAGCAGUUGUCUGUAAGAUUCGAGCUAUAUUGAAAAGUCGCUGCCACACUAUCUCACCGAAUUGGCUAAAAAUUGGCAAGUAGACUUGAUUUGGGGUCUUUAAUAAGGAAUAGAUAACUUUAGGUUCUAAUUCUUCCUAUUGGUAGUUUCGAAAACGAAGCACUCGAAAACAAAGACCGAAGCACGAAGCACCCAAAUCUCGAAAACGAAGCACCUUAGAUCGAAAACGAAGCACCCUAGAUCGAAAACGAAGCACCCAAAACUCGAAAACGAAGCACCCUAGAUCGAAAACGAAGACCCCUAAAUCUCGAAAACGAAGCACUCAAAACUCGAAAACGAAGCACCUGAAUCAGGUGGAGGCAGCGGAUGAAUCCGCACCUCCAAAGGUCCACAAAGUCCAUCACGCAGCGGCGGAAAUGCAGUUACAACUUGAGUACAUUUGAACUGCAUUCGAUUCGUUAUCAUGCUUGAUUCCUGCUGUAUUAGCAUUGGUCUCGUGUUCGGUGUCGAGUUUUGGGUACUUCGUUUUCGAUCUAGGGUGCUUCGUUUUCGAGUUUUGGGUGCUUCGUGCUUCGGUCUUCGUUUUCGAGUGCUUCGUUUUCGAAACUACCUCUUCCUAUUUCGGAAAUUAUCGAUAUGGCCGGUUUUUGGGUGCCUCGGACAGGCGCCAUAUUGGUUAAUAGAAGCUGCUUUUGAGCCUUCGACUACAACCCUGUCUUCAAAGCCAAUCUUCCUUUGCCGUUAUACAUUGAAAGAACAAUCCCUUUUUAUUGUAUUUUUAGAAACUACUUUGAAAUUGAUAACGUUUUCGCAACGAUCGAUUAAACUUUUGGUGGGUAUACUUUUUGAAUUUUUUACAUCCGCAAAAUCAACAGAAUUUUAAAGGCGUAUAUCUCUUUUGCCACAUCGCAUUGAAGCUUGCCACUCUGCCUGAAUACUCAUUGUUUGUAAUCAAAUCGAGUUCGUUAAUAAAAAAAUUGGGCAAAUUUAACGGAGCAGAAACAAAAGUAAUGAAUGGAAGAGUAUUCUAGCGACUUUGUCAAUAAUCUUUACACCGAAUACUCGCCAGGUGUUGCCAAAAUUGCAAUCGAUAAUAGAGUUCUGUCAUUAAAUCUGAGUGAUCUGUCUGAUAAAAUUAGUCUCUGUAAUAUAAUCGAUAACUCUGCUGCGAAAAACAGUAUAAAAAAGGCAGAUUGUACAAGGAAAAGGAAAAUGAAUUUGUUAUGUUUAUGCUACGGCGCGUAAACAAAAUGCAACCAUCACAGUCGAACUGGAAUUUUCCUGACUUCCUCCAGUUCCUUUAUCGAAACCAGAGCUUUUAAAAUUAACCAUAGUAAUAAAAAUUGAGAUGUAUUACCUUACUCGACGACAAAGAUGCCAGUUUUCACCUUGAUCGAAAAAAAAAAUUAUAUUUUCCCACGCAUAUCGCGGGUCGUCACGUUCCUUGCAUGGCGUUACAACUCACGUGAAACCGCCUGGUUUCAAACAACUGAACUGAAGAAUCCGUGAAAAUAAUGGAAGUUGAUAUAAGUUAUCAUUAUUAGUGAGCGAGGAUGCGAUGAUAGUUCCAGCUACAUGUAUUUACAGCUUUUGAAGAUUCACUCAAAACUCAUGAGACAUGAGCCCUUGAAAUAAACAUCAUUACUUCCGGUUUUAAAAUUGGGCGUUGGCAAAGUAAUAAAUAGACUCAUUUUACCACAGGUAGCCGAAGCUUUUACCUUUAUAUAGAGAGAAAACCGUUUGCAUAAAAACCCAUAAAAUGGCCAUAAAUCGGCCCAUGGACCACACAGGAGAGACGUAACACACAUUUUAAGUGAGGUAAGCUGUUUUUUAAUUGAAAUCCUUUCAUUUUCGUAGGUUACGGAAACGAUUGGUUUUUUUUUCCCAUACAAAUCCUUAUAUUUUGAAUGUUACGCAACAAUGCCGAUGCUCAUAUUUCGAGCUUGGGCUACCUGUGAUUCUACCUUGUACUCCAUUAACAACGGUUCCUUGCCGCACAAUUU